UUCCCAGCAGAUGCCCGUCCAUGGGGCUGCUUGCGAAAGGCUUCUUCCAGCCCCGACCACAACCAGCAGCGCAUCUUGCCAGGGAAUCGGCCGGCCAGCGGACAGCCGCCCGCGGGUGCAGGGCGUUUGACGGCGCCGCCUUCCCGAGCCGUGCCCAGAGCAGCAACAGCAACAGCAGCAGCAGCCGUCCAGGUCUGGGCUGCGCUGAGCGGAUCGAUCAGGCCCCGGUCGUCGUCAGCCUCGCUUUCUCCUUCGCGCCCGGUUGUAGAGACCCGAGGGCUUGUCCUUCUCGCGACUACCUUCCCUCGGCCGGGGAAUUAUGCUGGGCUCCAGCCGCUGGGCUCGGAUUGCCUGCGCGCCCGGGGACACUCGACGGGCGGCCGUGGUCCCCCGUGCGCCCUCGCGCCUCUGCUUGCCCUUGGUCCUGAUGCUGCUGACUCUCACUCCGCGGGCGGACUCCUCUUGGUGGUAAGUCGGCCCGACGCCGGGGCUCGCUCGCGCUCUCCUUCGAGGUUAGACGGCGGCUGCCCUCGAGGAAACUUGUCUCUCCCCGACGUCUAACAACGAGGCACCGCGAAGCAGCGGUGGCUGCUCAAGGUUCCGAUUAGCUUGGUGGCGCGCGCUGCUCGAGGCUGGAACUCUCAAAGCGUGCCACGGUGACGCAGUGCUCCUGAGCAUGUGCAAAGCGCACGGUGCAGCGGCAGCAAGCGCCAGGACCUGUAGGAGUUGGGGAAGAGACGGGAGAGUCAGAGGGGCUUGUUCAAACUACUUACCAGUGAUGUCGUUGGGUCAUUUUAAACUCUGGAUUUAAUAUGUAUUGCUUAUAGUAUUUAUAUUCCGCUUUUCAGGCGGACCUCACAAAGAGGUUUACUUAAGGUUAUUACCCAGACGGUACUAAUGCGUAGCAUUUCACUUUUUUCAAAAUGAGGUUUAGUCAGCCCCAGUCCUGCUGCUUUUGAGGUCCGCUAGGUGGGUCCCUGGACUUUUACCCCGAAGUGCCCGAUGGCCUGGCCCCCGUCCUUUCGAUGUACAAGCAGGCCAGAGAGCCCCACACGCCACAAACGCAGUUGGUGAUGGGGGCUCCUCGCUCCGGAGAAGCCCGCGGUGCUUGGAGGGGGCGAUAUCGGGGUCCAGUUUCUCUCUCGAAGGGUUUCGGCUUGUCCUUGGCUCCUUCUUUGGACAAGCACAGAGGGCAGCGCUGGUUUUUCAUAAAACAACCAGGCGGGCUUGUUAGAGAAGUUGGGGUUUAUUUAUUGGGAGUGGGGGCGGUUGCGCUGCUCUGGAAGCCGGAGUGCGAGGCGUCAGUGGACAGAACCGAGAAGGGAGGCGGACGGGAUGGCGCUGUCAGAUGGGAAUCCUGCUCAUUGAUGGGGCGAUUUGAUGAGGACGGGGAUGGGGAAGUGCCCGCUCACCGCGUAAUUUUAUAGAGUUCUUUGUUUUCUUAAUCGUUUGAUUGUAAGCCACUCCGGGAAAGGCGGAGAUAAGUUUUAGGAUUCGAAUUAUUCUCCUCCUCCUCCAUAGGAUAGGUGGCUGCAGAGCAGGUGCUAUAAACCCCCUGCGCACCGACAAAUGCCCUGCUUUAAACACGCGCACGAGAGCACGAUCCAGCCUAAGCUAAGCCCGCGGGCAGCCCCAUCCUUACUCCGGAGUAAGUCCCACCGGGGGAGCCUUCCAGGCCGUUUUUUUCAACGGACGGAUUCUGCACGUCCUCCCCUUGGGAAUCAAUGGGCUUCAGUUUCGAUAGGCUUUGGACGCAUCCUGCUCCUAGUCUCAAAAAUGACGCCGUCCAUUAAAUCAGAGACCACGUCGUAAACCUGGGAGCCUUUCUACUGUCUGGCUGUCAGAUCCUGAGUCUGUCGUUCUAGCUUGGAUCUACCUGCCUGCUCCAGCAGCUAAGGCAGAUCUCUGAGGUCUCGAGAACCGCCUUGUCGGUGGGGGGGAGGGGUACGUGCCGGAAAAGAGGGGCAGAGACGGAGGUCCCUUCCAGCGCGUACUGGCGAUGCAGGGGAUCGAAAGCGGGACCUUCCGCACGCAAGGCAGAUGGCUUGCCCCUGAGCUAGUUGGCCGGCAAGUGACAGCAGUUGCGCGGGCAUGGCAUUAUGAUGGGCUGCUCUCCUAUGGGUUCCUUCUCUCGACCGUCUCCUUCUCUAUGGGGCCUCCUCUUUUUACCUUACCCAUCUGCCUGUGGACUCAGUCAAGAGUCUCGUGGCACCAUAAAGGCUCACACCUUUUAUUCCGGCGUAAGCUUGCAGGUGCUAGAAAGUCCGCUUCGUCAGAUGUAAAAUGGAAUAUAAAUAUACCUGGUGGAGUAGGAAGCGGGAAAUGAAAUGCAAGAAAGCGCAGAGAGUAACUUUGCUACAGCGAGCUAGAAUGUGUGCGCAAGAAGCGCGCGCGCGUGGGGGGGAGGUCAGUUCCCCCAAAGAAUCUUGGGGACUGUGGUUUGCUAAGGGUGCUGAAAAUGUUAACACCGCGAAGGGUAAGCUACAAUUCCCCGGAUUCUUUAGCGUAAACAAUGUGCUUUAGAUGUGUGGUGUGUGCAAAAGCCUCUGAAAAAGCUGAGUUAAUUGGGAAAGGAAAGCCUUAGAAUCGUAGAAUGGCAAGAGGGGAAAAGGGUCAUCUAACCCAACCUCCUUGUCUCUCUGCCCAGACCCAAAUGAGCUGAACGUGGCGUCCCAGCGCAAUGCCCACCAUGUCUGAUUGGCAGCGCAGCACUGUUUCAUCCCGUGGGGACGACCCCAAGACAAUGGGUGUUUGGAUUACAGCCUUAUCGAUUCACCAUCUCGUCCUCCUUUCCAUCCCCAUUUUUGGGAUGUUAGUUAUCUACUCUAGUCAUCCCAUCAAUCGAUCUGUAAAAUGUCCCUAGAUAUUUCCUCUCCGUCAGGCAUGGGGAGCCACUGCCCUUUAUUUCCUCACUGCCUGAGUUGUGCGUCUGUCUGUUUUAAUUCACCCUCCUACUCAUCCUUAGCUACCUUGAACUCUCUUACUCCCCCGACGUGGUGCGCCAUUGCUGUCAUUUCGACUUGCCCACUCACUCGCCCAGCUUUAAAGUUCGCCCCGGGCUUGGGUUGGAGGGAGCGCUUUAUUGGGCCCGGCCACCAUUGUCCUCGACGGGGAGGAGUGGGGGCGAUUCCUCCAGGCGGAAGGGCACAUUCCCGUCGGGCCGGGCCGGUGAUGGGCAACGCGGCCCCUUUCCAAGCUGCGGGUCUGACUCCCACGACGUAAGCCAAGCCUACAGCCUGUUAUUGUUAGAGCCGCUGCGGCCGGCGUAAACAUGACUUGAGCCUUGUUGAUGACAGAGCCGCUUUAAUUUAAAACUGUUUUUAUUGUUCAUACUUGGGAGUUAAACAAGAGCUCCUUCUUAAAUGGGAACAGCUGUCAGUCUGCUCCCAGGUGCGAAGCUGCAGAAAGCGGGUUGUUUCUGCAGUUGCGGAGACGCGGGGUAGGUUCACAAGGACCGAAUCGUCGCUUGAGGACCACAGCAUGAAGGGAUGACUUCCGCGCAUCUGAUUCCUUCUUUUCACAUUCGUAUCUCGCCCUUCUUCCACGGUCCUGGGGAGCCCCCAUUGUUCCCCACACAGAUACAUGCAACCCUCUUAAUUAUCUUCCACAACAACCCUGCGCUCUAGGUAGGUUAGGACUCGACGACAGAGAGACAGUGACUGGCCCAAGAUCACCCGCUGAGGUCCGUAGUUGAAUCGGGAUUUGAACCUAGGUCUCUCCAGAACAACACUCAAAGACCACGGGAUUAAAAUUAUUCAAUUUGCUGAGGGUUGAGCGGGUUCACACGUGCAUGCUCAUCACUUGAGGACUGCAGCAUCAAGUGAUGACUUGCGUGUUCAAAACAGGUCAGGACGCCCAACCAACCACUGCCCCUCAUCCCCUCUCAAACCCCAGAUUUUCUCCGUGGAAUUAGAUAUGCACCUUUCACUGCCAGAGAUCAAGGUCCGGUUCACACGUGUGUGUUCCGAUGAGUGCCGCUUGAGUGUCUGGUGACAGGCACAACUUGCCAAACACGCUGCUUUUCCAGGGGUCUGGUUCACACAUUCAUUCACAGUUCCAGAGUACAGUACCGUCAGUGAUGCGCGGUCCUUUCGCCUUAAGCGAUAAAGGCAAGAUGGCUCUACAUUUCCCAGCGAUAGCGACAUGCCAAAUAAAUACCCUAUUCAGGGGGUGGGAGAGAGAGAGAGACAUUUACGAUGGUUAGAUGAUGGGAGCCAAAUAAAGACAUCUGUUUGCUUCCUUGGAAUCAUCUGCGCUUAGCACAUACUUAGCAAGGAAAACAAAAUGUUGAAUAAAUAGGAGUGCAGAUUUGAAGGCAGAACGAAUAUAAACACCUAACUGCAGCAUAUAUCUGAGGUUUUAUUCAGCUGGAGUCAUCUGGUUAGUGGUCCAACAAGGCAGUCCUAUACUCAGAAGUAAAUCCCACUGUGUCCAAUGGGGUUUUCUCCCAGGUAAGCGUGCAGAGGUUGCAGCCUCACUGGAAUUGAGCUAAAUGGUAUAUAUUCUCGAGAAAGCAUCCAUAGGACCGGGUUGCAUUAGGGUGUUUCUUUAUUUUACAUUUAUAGGCAAUAUUUUUUUGUUUAAUUCUUUCAUGAUCUAGAGACAUUUUUAUUUUAGAAAUCCGACUCCGGAUUGUAUCUGCUUCUAUGCGCCGUUUUUGGAUUCUGAAACCCAAACGGUGUUUAAGGCAGUGCUGCAAAAUUUAGGAGGGAAAUCCGUAGCGUCACUCACAGGAGGGGAUUUGGGUGAGAGGACACUGGAAUGCAAGAUCGGGCCACGAGACAAUUCCAAAAUCCACCCUGAAGUGUGAAGGCCAUACAUUUAACACAAAGAAGAAAAUCGCAGCUGCAGCGCCCCAAAUACUCUCUUAUUCUUAUUCUGGCAAUUUAAAAGACGGUUCGGAAUGCACCAUAUUAGCCGAUUUCCAACACCCUGAAUAGCAAGUGUUGAGACCGAGGCUGUAAAUUUACCGAGGAGUAAGUCCCAUGUGCAACCCAAAGCGCUAGCUUCUAACUUUGCAAUGCCUGUUCUGAUGCGAUCCUCUCAGUUUUUGCGUGGUGUGAAACCUAAUAGGGAGCGUCGGCCAACCAUAAGUCCCAGUGACUCAGCUGAUCUAGUAAGUCUAGCCCCACACCCACCCCUCGAAAUAGCAGCCUCAGAGAUUUCCCUCCCCUGAAGUCUUUGUGGCUACGGUGGUUUCCCCAUGAGGCUAUAGGUUCCCCACCGCAGAACUAAAAGCACCUUGCCAAUCUGAAGGUGAUGCUCUUAGCUUGUCUUCAGAAGCAGCUAUCGCUGAAACAUCUGCUAUAACUGGGCUGCAAAACUACCCCUGCAGGCUAGAGGAGACUUCCUUCUAAAUAGGCAAUUGUAGGAAAUUAGGAAGCUGCCUUCAACUAUUGGUCAGUCAGACCACUGAUCCUUCUAGCUUAGCAGCUCUCCAGGAUUUCUGGCAAGGGUUCCCAACCCCAUCAAGGAGAUGUCAGGAAGCAGAUGUUCUACCAUUGAGUUAUGGCCAUUCUCCCCAAAGUAGGACUGCACUGUAAACAUCAGUGUCCAACUUACUUUCCCACCAAUGGGUAAAGCCUCUUGUAUGUAUGGCGACUUGGAGUAAGGACUUCUCUGCAGUUGCAUUCCAGUUACUGAACUGCCUCCACCCUAGAGGCAUAGUUGAGGCAACACUGAUGGGAUUUCAUACAGAGUAAAGUUCUCUUAAAAGCUUAUGUUACUUGGUUGAAAAUGUUUGGAUCACUUUUAGCAUUUAGCAUUUGUGUAUUGUUGAAUUGAUUAGCAUUAUGGUCAACAUCAUAAUUGUAUUUUAUAACUGGUACUGAUAUUGUUUGACUCUUACAUGCAAACUGCUUUGUGGUCACCUGUGAAGGAAAAUGGUUUACAAAUCUCUACAUAUAUUUUAUUGUGUGUAUUAUUGCAUUUAUAUCCCACCAUUCCUCCAAAGAGCGCAAUAGUUCUCUCCUCCUCUUCCAUUAUCUUCACAACAAUCCUGUGAGGUAGUUUGGGCUGAGAGUUGGUGACUGGCCCCAAGCCACCCAGUGAGCUUCAUGGCCAAGUGGGGAUUGAAUCCUGGUCUCCCAGAUCUUAGUCUGACACUCUAACCAGCACACCACACUGGCUAACAAACCAGUUCAUAGAUUUCUAUAUCUCCCAUCCACAAAAUAGAUACAACUGCUUGGUUACAGGUCAUCAGCAGAAAACCUCAUUACUUAUUGCCUCAUUCCACACACACCCCAUUCAAAGAUACUGAGACAAGGCUAAUCAGGUCUUUAAGAAUGAAAAGCUUCAAAUCUCUCAGCUCAGGUUGAUAUUUGUAUGACUUCCCUACAUAGGAAAGAACAGAGGUGGGAUGGAAGCCCUCUAUUCAUAGCUCUUUUAGGAAUUCAAGCUAUAGUUCAUUGAAAUCUGGGUACUGAGCACCUAUUGUGUUUUCAUAACUUUUCUUUCUCAGUCAGCUGAUUCAUUUUAUCCCAGACGACUGCCUGAACUGUUAUAUAUCUAAUGCCAUUAAUACAUACAUGGUGCUUUUACAAAGAACAAAUAUAACAUAUUCCUUGUGAUGUAAACUUUUUAUUAAAGUUACUCCAGGCAGGUUCUUUAUUGUAUGUUCUUAGUGAGUUCUUAGAGACAACAUUUUAGUUGACGUACUUGAGAAAACAAACCAAUGGUUGGAAGAUUUCGGAGCCCUUGAUUCCAGGUACCCUGGCUGUUUUCUCUUCAGCCUUCCAUCCUUUUCUAAAAAUGCUUCCAAACAAUAUUUCAUCAACAAAGUAUCCUCUCUUGGGGAUAUAGCUAUAUUGCAAGCAUGUAUGGAGAUGCUAAACUUGGAUCCAAAAUCUGGAGCUGCCAUUUAUGAAGACUUUGACUUAAAAAAAAAAGAAAAGACAAUGUUUCUUAUUAAUUAAAACAAAACAACCAAAGCUUGCAUUAAAAACAAACAAACAAAUUCAUACAUAAAUAAUAAAUUGGAGCAUCAUGAAUCCAAUAUUUGCCUUUUCUAACCCUUCCAAAACGUUCUUAUAAAAUUUCACUUUUCUUUCAAGCCUCCUGGAGCUUCAACUUCAACUUGGCAGCAUAAGACACAUUUCACUAAAUCAACAAAUCAAUACAAAAGGUGGAGUGAAAUAAUGGAGGAGGAUAUUUUCUGAGGUUCUCCAGCAACUGCUCCAGAUAAUCAGAGGUUACACACACAAACACACUCCAUCCUCAGAGAGGUGGAGGAAGACCUGUCAGUUGUAUUCAUACUUAUCUGGUUUUUGACAUUUUGCCUUUUAAUCUUCCAGCACUUUCCCUGUUUAGCUGGCUGGAUUCAGUGUUUCAACCCUCAUUGACGAAUGCUUCUGCUGAGUGGGGCAAAGAUGGUCUCUUAUGUGGAGAGUGUGACUUCCACGAAACUCUUUCCUUAGCCUUUCAGACCUUUAAAAAGAAAGGCAGUAUCACGGAUAUUGCAGCACUAAGAAUGGGUAGCAUAUUAUCUGAUCUAGACUGCCAAAUUCUUGGGGAGAUGGAUGAUCUCCAAACUUGCGCCUAGAGGAAAUGCUCAGCGUUUUCUCCUGCCAUUUUUUCCCUAGGCAGAAUCAUAGAAAGUAUCGAGUCAGUUCUGCUCUCUGCUGUGCUUGAAAAGGAAUUCUCAACCAAAUGCUUCUUCUAAACAGCAAGGAGUUAUGAAUUUUCAGUGAUGUCAGGGACAGCACAGAUUGCUUCACAAACCAGCCCCCAGGAAUUCUUGGAACACCAGCAUGGUGGUUUGCAAAUGGAUGUGUAUAUAAAAAACUUGUAACUCUAAAUAAAUGUUAUUUGCAAUACAACAGAAGCUCAAAACUGUGGCAGAUGGGCUCCAUAAGGUGGUUGCAGCAGCUUUAACUGGGGGAUCCUCUCUCAGUAUUGUGGUUGUGGCUGGAGAACUUCACAGCCUUCUGAAUACUGUGAUUACUCAACGGGAAGAGAGUGGUCUAUAUAGAGAUGACAUUUAUAAUGCCUUACAAAUAUCCCUUGAUCAAAGACCAAAUUCUCAAAUGGAAUUAUGUUGGUAUUUCUGAUAUCAAUACUUCCUUCUGACGGAACAAGAUCCCUGCUGCUAUACACACUUACCUAGAAGUAGUCUCAUUGAACUCAGUGAUACUUAUUUCAGAGCAAGUAUGCAUAGGAUUGUGUUGUUAGGCCAUAAUCCUACACACGCUUAACUGGAAGCAAAUCCUCCUGAAUUUACAGCACAGGUGAUCCACUGUGACUAUAGUCCCUCUGUGAGUCCAAGCUUGGAUGCAAAAUCCAUUUACAUACACAUCUCUUGGGGGAGGGGGGGAAUCCUCAUGUUUUACUAAUUAAAAUAAACCAAAACAACAAAGGCUUGCAUUGCAAAAAACAAUAAUACAUUCCUAAAUAAAAAAAUAAAUUGGGGCAUAAAUAAAUUCAGUCUUUGCCUUCUCCAACCCAUCCAAAGCAUUCUCAUAAAACUUCUCUCAGACAGCAAGUAUCUGUCAAGCCUCCCAGAGCUCCAGCCUUACUUUGCCAGUUAACUAACUGUUGCAGCAACACAGACAGAUAGCAGGACUGGCCCAAGACAUUUUUAUUCCCAAAUUGUAAAAUCCAUAGCAUGAUAGUCAACAAAGUUUUACACAGAGUGAAUUCACUGAGGUUAAGGGACAUGAUUAAGUUAGGUCCAUUAAUUUCAAUGGGUCUACACUGAGUGAAAUUUAGCUGAAUACCUCCCAUACAGGGUAUGUAAUCGAUCAUCAUCAUGGUUAACCAGUGCCCACCGGCACUAUCUCAAAACAUCAAAUGUUUUCUUUUUCUUGAUGGUUCCUGAGAUCAAAGAGCGGUUUAGUCUAUAUUUGGAUACAACUGGACACCAUUUUGGAUGAAGCUGGGGGAAUGAAUAUUUUAAAACCACUGAUUUUAACUACGGAUUUCAAAACUGCUCUGAUUUUUUCUUUAUUAGAAUUCCCAGGCAACACUGAGUAAGAGGCUGCCAGUAACUGACACCCUUUGAACAGCACCCAAAAAGUUGUUGCUUGAAGCAGAUACCACAUUUUGCCUCACGGUAGGGCCAGCACAGCCUGCAUUGUCUUACCAAAGGCAGCCUCCCAAGCUUGGAAAGCAGGCCUCAGUCCAGAGGUCUGUGGAAUCUUAUGCCUGAGGAAUCCUCUACUUUCCCUUGUAACUACCCACUGCAUAUAUUUUUAUUUAUUCAUUACAAUUAUAACCCAGCUUUCCACCAAGGAACUCAAGGUUGUAUAUACAUAGUUCUCAGUUUCCCCCAUUUUUAUCCCCACAAGAACACUUUGAGAUAGGUUAGACUGAGAGAUGGUGACUGGACCACAAUCACCCAGUGAAAUUCAUGGCUGAAUGGGGACUUGAACCCAGGUCUCCCAAGUCCAGCACUCUAACCACUACACCACACUGAUCAGAGGGGCCAAUAUUGAGGGAGUUGGAGUUGAAACAGCAGCAUAUGUUCAAACUAGCCAAGAGACACACUCAGGAUCUGACCCUAAACCUUGGCCACCAGCUUUGCUUCAGAGCUAUUUGGAGCGGAUUAGAGGCAUGUGGCUUCUAAACAUAAUCGGUGCAAUAAACAAUCUUGGUGUAAAUAUCUAAGUAGAGUUUACUCAUUGCUGAGAUGGGGUUAGCAGUCAGAGAUCGGGAUUCCAUUUUAAAGCUGGAAGUUGAGUUUAAGCGAACUGUACACAAGCACAUGUGUUUGCAACACACUGACACCACACGCAAAAAGCCACACAGACACAUUUCCCCGCCUCUUGUAAACUCUCGUUCACAUGCACCAUUAGCUAAUCUGUUUAACUGAAGCUGCUGUUUCUAAAGUAGUCAUACACACACACACACACACACACACACACACCAUCCAGCAUCAGAACAGGUCAGACGUCCAAGUUCCCAUUUUGAUAUCGCUUCUCCAUAAACGUGGAGAGGGAGAUUUUUAAAUCUAUUUGGUAGGUCUGCUUGCAGCAAGGAGGGAAAGAGAAUGAGGACAGAUCCACACUAUAACAUACAAAGCAUAUUCACCACACUUUUUAAGCACAUGACUUCCCCCAAAGUAUCCUGGGAACUGUAGUUUUCAGUUACCUUUCCCCAUAACCUUAACAACCUACAUUUCCCAGGAUUCUUUGGGGGGAAGUCAUGUGCACUGCAUGUGCAUCAAAUAUAUUCUAUAGAUCUACUCAGUGUGUGCAUGAGUGAGGGCAAUAUUUCAGCCACAGAACCCCCUUCCACUUGAUACAAAGUAAGGAUGGGGAACAUUUUUCAGCCUGAAGGCCCCAUUCCCUCAUAGGCAACCUUCUGGAUGCCACCUGUCAGUGGUGAGUGGAGCCAGAGACCUUUGUACAGUCAGAAGUCAGAAGCUUCUACAUACACCUACCCCCCCACCCACAUCCUCCAUCCAGGCAAACAAGAAAUUCAAGGACACAUUCCAGGCAGGCAAAAGCACUCAAGGAGGCCACAGAGUGGGAGUAUUGAGGGGAGUGGCCUGGGACAAGUCCCAAGACCUGGGGGGUUACAGAGGUUCCCACCGCUUGCAUAUGGUGUCUGUAGAAAUGCACAGGAUCUACUUCUUCCAGGUGUAACAUCUCCAGCGAGGACAACCAGAUUGUGGUUUAUUUAUUUCCUCUUUUCAGUUAAGAAAGACUCUGUGCAAGUGAGUUUUCCUUCCUUCUCACUUCAAGCUGCAGGUUCUCUCCUUCCUUUCUGAAGGUAUGGGGGUUCACAAUGUCAACUUGAUCCCAUCUGGGUCUUCAUUAACACACACACACACACACAACUCGUCAGGGUGUCUCCUUCUUUUGAGUCCAUUUCCCCUAGACUCCUCCCAUUCUUCUAACUCCUCCCUGCUGUUUAUCCCUCUCCUGCUACCUUUCUGGAUAAAAGACUGAGUUACAAACCAGGAAGACCCUGCUUCAAAUAACAUCUCUGCCAUGAACUCACUGGGUAGUCUUAGGCAAAUCACUCUCUCUUAGAUUCAUUUCUCUCACGCAACUUGCAAUAUGGAAACAGUACAGAGUUGCCUUGAAGAGUUGUUGUAAGGCCCUCCAGAUGCUGCUGGACUACAUCUUCCUUCAUCCCUGGCCAGGCCUGAUAGGAAUUGGAGUCCAGCAACAUCUGGAUGGCCAAAGGUUCCUCAGCCCAGCCUGUUAUAAGGAUUAGAACCAGAUCACUUGCUUUGAACUCUUCACCAUGUAGUACAAAUGUUAAGUGUUGUUAUUAUUCCCUCUGAUGUUUCUUAUAUGUUCCCAUUUUCCUUCUUUUGUCUUUUUCAUUUUUGGAAGCUGUUGAAAGUGUCUUGGCCUCAUUGUCUAGGUUUUGGCUUCUUCUACUUCUGUCUGCAUCCUACCUCAAAAAUAUGUUGUCUGGGUUUGCUCAGAUUCCAUUCCAGAAGAUGAUUUGGGGAGGAAGCACAAGGAUAUUUGCAACCAAGAGAGGAUGGGAUUGGUAGAGACCAUAGCUACUCUGUGUUUCAGUGCAGAUUUCCACAUCCCAUAGCUGUGAGGGGUUUCAUAGGCCUUCGUUUUCAGAACUCUGGUCUAUCAGAUAACAGUGUCCAGAAGGGGACUCUUGGAUCCCGGGUUAAUGGUUUGGGUUUCUCACUAGUAUCUGACAUUGCAUCAGAAGCAGGAAAGGAGUGUGACUCAGUCUCAGACUCUAAGCUCCAUAACUAAUGCAUGUGUGAAUUGGCUCAUCAUGUGAAUAAUUAGUUACAUGAUGCGUACAAGAGUAGCAAAUUAAAUGCUAACACAUUGUGAAACCAGUAUGCAAUCUGCAAUAUAUAAACAAGGCCAGCAAUCAUGGUUUAAGGGUGCUAAUGAAGCCACAUGCAAUCCAUGAGAUAUAUCUUUACAGCAGUGUGAGAAUGCUGGGCUGCAACAAACACUGGACAGUCUGCCAUGGAUGAGGAAGAUGACUGAUGCCAACAUGGAUCAAAUGAGUAUACAAAUCCAAGUUCACUUUCAGCAAAUUGUCAUAGUUUGGUUCAUAUGUUAAUUCAUAAUACGGAGAGACAAAGACACACUAGAUGGAAAUAGAAGCUAAUAAAUAUCGAAAGGUACAAUGCCCCAACAGCUUCUACCUCAGACAUCCCAAAUUGAUAAAAGUAAAUGUUCUGCAGGGCUUGAGCUGAAAACCACCAAACUAGUGGCAGUAUUAAAACCUCCAGUGAAGCUGUCACCACGUGAAAUAUUUUCUCAUUUGCAUACUCACUUAACUGAGAGUAAGUCUUAUUGAAUCAAUGGUUUUAGUUCUGAGUAACAUGUAUAGGAUUGUGCUGUUAUAGUUCUAGAAUUCCCCCCACCCCACCCCAAGUAUGAGAGCAGAUGGGUUUGUUCUGUUCACAAUUAUUUCAUCUAAUUAUAUUCUCUGGUUCAUGUUUCAUUCAUUGGAGAGUUCCCCCCUCAAAACAGGGGUUGAGAACUUUAGAAGUAUGUCUUUGGCUUCCAGGGCUGCAUGUAAUUUGCAUCUCAUCAUUGCUCAUGCAAUGAAUAUUAGUUUCCCUGUGUUUAUAUAAAUGCUGUGCAGAUGCCAUAGUCAUGUUAUGUCUAUUCUACAAUUUCCUUUUCCCUUUCCUUUUUUUGGAAACUAUUACUGUCAUAUUUGAUGAUUUCAACUAAAUCUUGAGGUACAGAUUCUUGUGACUGAAAUCCCAUGAAAGUUCUGUUUUACUGGCCUCAAUGCUUCCACACCUUUAGGGUUUUUAUUCCUCUAUUUAUUUGUUACCCCAUUGUCAAGGCCGCCUUUUGAUGUCGCCAGAGAUAGAAGUGUGUGUGUGUUGUUGAAAUUGCUUUCCUGCUGUAUCCUACCUUUUAGCAGAAGAAAUAGCUUUUGAUGCAGAAGUAUAAAAGACAGGUGGGGAGUCUCUCACAGAUGAGGGCAAGCUGGGGGAAAAUAGCUAAUGCCAGUGAUGGAGGAGCAGUCAGGCUUAAAUAUGGAAUUAGUACAGAAACAGAAUUUUGAAGAGGGUACCAGCACAGCAAUGAAAGUGAAUCUUCAGUUAGCAGAGGCAUUCCAAGCAACUGACUGAAGGGGGGAAAGUGAUAGCAGUAAGGGCAGCUAUGUGUGGGUAGUCGUUGACUAGGACACAGAUAAUACAAAACUGUCAGAGGCACCCAAUGCCAUACUUGCAUGUGCAGAAAGACUUCUGUGAGUGCAAUGGAACUUCCCUCCCUUCUCCUCCAACCUGUACGCCUCAAAAUCUACACUGGAGCAUUGGAGGAAAGCUCAGAGCAGAAAGGAGGAGCAUGGCGAAGGGGAGCGGGGAGCGGAUUUCAGUCACUGUAUUGAAUCUGCAAGUAUAUACUUGGAUAAGGUAAAGGUAAAGGGACCCCUGACCAUUAGGUCCAGUCGUGACCGACUCUGGGGUUGCGGCGCUCAUCUCGCUUUAUUGGCCGAGGGAGCUGGCGUACAGCUUCCGGGUCAUGUGGCCAGCAUGACUAAGCCGCUUCUGGCAAACUAGAGCAGCGCACAGAAACACCGUUUACCUUCCCGCCAGAGCGGUACCUAUUUAUCUACUUGCACUUUGACGUGCUUUUGAACUGCUAGGUUGGCAGGAGCAGGGACCGAGCAACGGGAGCUCACCCCGUCGUGGGGAUUCGAACCGCCGACCUGCUGAUCGGCAAGUCCUAGGCUCUGUGGUUUAACCCACAGCGCCACCCGCAUACAACCCAGUAUUUCAGACAAAACCUAGAAUUUCUUGGGUUGAAUUGGAUCUGCAAAAAAGUGCUGCAGUGUUGCAUUCUCCCUCUUCAGGAUUCCAGCCACUUCCCCUCUUAUCUACCAACAACAACUUUCCCCCCCUAGUCUUUUCACCCCCAAUUAUCUGUCAGUCAGCAUCCCAUGACCACUGAGCAUACUUAGUCCUCAUUGGACUUCUUUUCUAAAUAGUUUUGUAGGUUUCUUUUGUAGCAGAGAUAUUUCCUAUCACCUAGUAAGCCGAUCCUUUUACCUGAAGAUGCCAGGGAUUGAACCUGGGUCAUUGUGCAUGCAAAGAUUGUGCUUUGUCACAGUCUAAACUAAGCAAAUAUCCUUUCUUGGAGCCAACUGGUCAUUUAAAAUUGCAAGCAUUAAGAGCCUUCUGCAACUAUAGUUCUUCUGCAGGCAUUUGCUUUUCAGAGGAAACAUAAAAUAAGGCAUUGUGAAGGUCAUUCAUUUUAUGACUUUGGCAAAAACUUGCUAGCAUUAUACAACCAAUCUAAAUUUACUUUCCUGCACUUUACAUUCCUGGCCCCUGUGGCACCUUUCACAAAUAUGUGUUGCAAUGGCACAGACUGGUAUGUGGAGGUUUCCAAAUUGGUCUAGACUUUAAAGAUAAUGGGGCUCACACCCAAAGUUCAUGAACUUCAUGAUGAGCCUGAUCUCAUCAUGGAUCGGCUGUAGAACACAGAACUCAUGUUGAGUUUUGGCAGUGGAACACAUAGGCUGAAUUUGGAAAUCACCCAAAAAAACCCUUUAUUUUAAUUAACCAGAGUUUGUCAUGUGAUUAAUUAAACCCAACACUCUGGUUAAUACUAACAGUGGUUUGUACAAAACAAGACAACUUCAAAGCAUAGGUCAUGGGUAGACAAACUAAGGCCAGGGGGCCCAAUCGCCUUCUAAAUCCAGCCUGCGGACGGUCCGGGAAUCAGUGUGUUUUUGCAUGAGUAGAAUGUGUGCUUUUAUUUAAAAUGGACCUCUGGGUUAUUUGUGGUGCAUAGGAAUUCGUUCAUUUUUUCCCCCUCUCCAAAUAUAGUCCGGCCCCCCACAAGGUCUGAGGGACAGUGGACCAGCCCCCUGCUGAAAAGGUUUGCUGAACCCUGGCAUAGGUUAUGAAGCUGGCUUGUUUCAAUAAAAGAAGUGAAAGGGAGGCCAGAAUGUCUCUAAGGAUGUACAGAGUGUCUUAAUCCUUAGGUGGCUGAAAAUAGGAAGCAGGUCUGAAGAUAAUGGCGUCUAGGAAAUUUAAACCUCAACAUCUCUCCUUUGGAAAUUAACAGCCUCCCAUAUCCAUCCCAACCCCAUGCAUCCUGUAUGUUGUUAUAGAAUACCCACAACAUACAUGUGGAGGAAAUCCAUUGAUGGGCUGAUUUGGAGUGCUUUCAGUGGUAUGAAAGUACAUUGCCCAAAAUAUGUUUAAAAUUAUUAUAGAAUGAGGACAGGGAAAUAAAAAUAAAGCCACCAAAAUGAAGUCGGGAUAAGAGGUAGCUGUGUGUGACCAAUGGUGUCAAUUCAGUACUGUGACUGUACGUGAGGAAAUGAAGACUAUUAAUCAUUCCACAGCGUCAACUUAUUUUAACAGGCCAGGAUAACCUCAUUUCCAACAGGGUUUAUGAAGUAGUAAGAGUUUAUAAUAAUAUUACCUUUUUAAAAAGAAAAAAAAUCUUGCUUUUAUGCAACACUUUGCAUUCCAGGGUGCUUUGCAACCCAUUGCAAAACUGAUAUCGAUGGCUGAAAAUAUGGUUUUUUUUAAAAAAGGGCAUGCAACCUUUAGCUGGAUCUGCUGCAGAGUGCAAAGUACACCAAGUCUUUCCUCUAGACAAGCCAGCACUGGCAGCUGAGUGACCCAAACAGCUGCCCAAGACUGCACCACUGUCAAGAUAGCACGAUGCCCUUUCCAGAUCAGCAGACGGGGAAACUGAGAAAAAUAUGUGGCCCAUUGCCUAGCAAUUGCUUGGGUCUUUUCCACAAUUCUCCCCUGUCUGGCCAAAGAGGCCUCAUGUCAACUUUGAAGUCAUUGAACAAAGAGGAGGGGAAAGGCUUCAGUAUCCAUGUGCAAUGUGGGCACAUAAAAAGUUGACACUCCCUUUGCACUUCUUGGAGAAGCCUUAGCAAGGCUAAAGGAGUGGAAUAAUGCCACACUGAAAAGGACCAAGCACCAUACUUGUUUUUUAGCAUGGCAACAUCUAUUUUCUGUGACUUCCUGCCUAUUUCUAUCAGGCAGGCAAUUAUUCUGUACUGUUUUGUGUACUAAAUACUAUCAAAACAGAUUUUGAAACUACUGAUUUUAUCUAUAUUUUGAUGUUUUCAUGUUAGGUACUGUUUUUAAGGUAUGCUUUAUCACACUCCCUGAAUGUAUUUAUACUAUUUUACAUAAAACUGCUAAAUUUUAAAUUAUUAUUAAGUGGUAUAUAAAUCUAUAAAAAAUAAAAUGGCAUGCCCCUUUCUUUAAAGGUGUAAUCACUACCCUCAUUUUGUAUACUAUUUUAUACAUUAAAAAUCCUGAGUGGAUUGUGGGAAAGUCAGUUUUGGCUUGUUGCCUGAGAUGUGAAAAUACUAAAGGGCAGCAUUGAUCUCAGGUAGAAUUGAGGGACAAAUUUGUUUCAGUUUGCAUGGAACGGUGAAUCUACCUAAUUUGCAAGUCCUAAAAUAAUACAUGAACUGAAACAUAGACAUCCUUCAAAAUUCAUGCAUGUCCAAAUGGUGCCAUGCUGUUCUACAACCAAAUAAGUUUUACAAAAAUGGACAUACCAAAGUGUGGAUAAAAAAAAUGCACAUAUUAAUGAAACGAAUGUACAAAAAUGUUAAUUUUCGAUUGCAAAAAUGUGUAUACAGGCAGAAUGUGCACAUUAGGAGAAAUUCACACUCAAAUGCUGAUGAAUUUUCAUGAAGCCUUUAAAAUAUAUAACAAAACUAUAUAGAAAUGUGCACGACUGAACUUAAGAUGGGGGGGGGGGGAGUGACAGAAACCAAAACUGUCAGACUCACCCAUCACAGGAACUUGUAUCCAAGUCACAAAUGACAGGUGGCUCCUGAGCUUUGCAGAAUACAGUAUCAUGUACCGUAAUGCAUUGUGCUUAAUGAGUCAGACAACAUCCCAUGCUACACAUCUAAAGUGUAGUCUUUAAAUAACCAACUGCCAACCCAUUCAUACACCCACCUACCCCCUCUCCCCACUCCCCCACCCCUUAGAAAAACAUCCUGUAUAUCUAUAACUCAGGCUUCACUCUGAAAUUCUAAUUCAAUUGAGAAAGCUGUGAUGGUAUCCACUGUUGAGCCGCGAAGGGAUUACAUGUUUAGCAUUUCUUCCAAAUGAUACUGUGGGGAGUAAGCCAAACUAUGGACCUGCUAAAUAUUACCAGCAGUCAACCUUCAGUCCCAACACAGGCAAACAACAAUACGGACAUUUUGAAAGGAGUAAAUUAUAAAAUUCUGACUUACAUUUUGAAGAGGGGUAAAUUAUCAUCUUGUUCCAGGCAAUACAUUGAACCAAGAAGGCACCUUUAAGCUUACCUGAAACAGGGCUGACACAAUGUGUCAUUAUCGUUAGCAGAAUAAUGAAAUCAUAUCCAUACACACUGGUUGCCAUAUAGAUCAGGGAUGGGCGCUCCAUGUGAUGUUAAACUGCAAGUCUUAGUGGAAAGUUAUCCAUCCACCACCACCACCCCGCUCCCCAUUGUAACUGCUGACUGGAAGAAAUUGGCCACUCUGGCUGAGAAUGAUGGGAGCUGGACUCCAACACUAUAUGGAGAGACACAUUCCCAACCCUGCCUCAAAGCACGCCAGUGAAUCUUUUGGUUCCCAAGGCCAGGAGCAGAGGCUCCUUGUGCUCUGAGGAAAAGGAUAUAUCCCUCUUCCACAGAAAAACAUUUUAACAACUUUGCAUUCCCACCCCCACCCCACCCCAGACAAACUUUCUGUUCAAUUUUCAACCCGUUGUACUGGGCGAGCUCUCUUUUCAGUUGAGAGCAGAGCAGAAAAUCAUCAGCUCGGCCACAUGAAGAGGGUAGGAUAACAAGUAAGAUGAGCAUCUGGAUUCCCCUGAGAUUCUGGCUCCCCACUUCCCUCAUGGGAGCAUGUGCUCACCGGGAAUACACGCUUGUUGGGGUUUAAAAUGAAACGUAUGUUGCUGAGUAAAUAGACCGGGCUGCCUCUGAUUGUUGUGUUUAUCCAAGAAGCAAUUUAGGAUUCUCCUUGUUUAUUGGAAGAAGAGCCAAAGGAUUCUUACAACAAGGGAGGGGGGAGCACAACAACUGGGAGGCGAUAUGUGACAGUUUUCUUCUGUUGUCUUGAGGGCUGCGUCAAGGGCAGGCUGCAUUAAGGGGCCAGGGAGAGAACGAGCACUUGGCAGUUGCAGAUCUAGAUCUGUGUUGAUAACAGAUUCACUCAUGGAAAAUAAAGGCUGGCGGGGGGUGGGGGAGAGAGAGAGAGAGAGAGAGAAAGCCACAUAAUAAAAUUUCACUUCUCCCAGCCCAUCUAAUGUGAAUUCUUCUGCAAAGUGCCAAGCAGAUUCAGAGUGGGAGAAAGGAAGAGGGAGGAGAGAGUAGCAACUUAUUCUGAAACCUCUUAGGCUUAAACAGAAGGGUAAAGUUAAGAGCAAACUAGCUGAUGCAUUAAAAACAUAUCGUGUCUGAUUUUUCUUAUUUAAAUAGCAGUGAUGGGGAGAGAUGUGCAAUCAGGAUUGGGACUGUGGUGUAAGGAGAGGGGUGAUGAAGAGGGUUGGGGGAAUAUGACUAUUCUGGCUUGUCUGUUUCUCAUCCUCCCAUCGUUAACAAGUUUUCCACAUUUCCACACCAGUUUGCUUAAAAAAAAAAAAAAGAGUUCUCAUGAAAAUUCAAGAGCAUUUUAGUGAAAAUUUCAUCCGGCUACACACAUCUUUGUGUUUUGCUUAGCAUACACAUUUUUUCAAAGCACUUUUCCCUUAUAUAAUGCAGUUCCAUAUGCUAUUUUCAAUAACAUAUGCAUUUCUGUACAUUUUGCUUGGCUUCCAAACUGCAUUGCAAAGUUCAGAGAACAGCAGAUUUCAAAAGGAGGCCAUGUUUUAGUUUGUGCAUUGUUUCAGAAACUGCAAAUUAGGUAGAUUUGCCCUGCUUGCUCCACCACCUCUGCCAGAAGCAGAGAAGCAAUGCUGUUAGUGGCACUGAUUUCAGGCCAGAUCACACCAAUUUUGGGUGAGAUCUUGCCCAAAAUCACACACGCUGCAAGAUCACAGACUAUUUUGGUGAGAUCUCAGUCAAAAUUGGUGCAAUCUCGCUUGAAGUUGGCGCUGCCUGGCAGGGUGCACAGCACUGGCAGAGCAGGCAGUGGCAGCAGUGGUGGUGGCAGCAGCAGGUAUAGUGGUGAGAGUGGCAGCAGUGGCAGGGCAGAAUGGCACUUCUAAUAUGUACUGUAACCAUGGCCUUUGCCUGAUUCACAGGUUAAAUGGGAGUUGUGUCAAUGAUGUGGUAUUCGCUGGAAGUACAGUUCAUGGUUUGAAAUGGAGAUUUACUUGGAAUUCAGGCCUGAAACUUUUCAGUGACCGAGUCCAGUCUAAAAAUGUGAAGACAUAACAAUGGAGAGGGAGAGCAUUUCUGAACAUGUACAGAAUACAUUUUCUCUUGGCUUGCUCAAAUGAGUAAGUAACCAAAGCCGUCUCCCACACAUCCAAACUCUCACCCAUCUCAUAGCCAGUGUAAAUAUAUUCAUUCCUCCUUGCUACUCCAGUAAACAGGUGUUUCAGAAAGAGGCAAUAGUGAAACAAAGAAAUGUGUACAACAUGGGGAGAGAAACUUCUUUCAAACCACUUUCAAUGUUCUUAAAAAUUAUUGUUUCCCUGCAAACCCUGGUUAAUGUGCCAGCUUAGCUCAGAUAGUGAGGUUCCUCACUUGGCUGGAAGGUUCAGCUCAAGUUUUAAAAAUGCUACUGCUAAUUAUUCUGUUUGGCUUUGCAGAGAAUCACCUUUUAAAAGCACAAAGAGAAUCUGCAUGGGACUGAACAAAGUGGCUGAAUCUAAGCAGAUUUUAAUCUUAUUUUAAGCAACUGGCAGGCAGACUCUUCUUGGAGGUUAGCUGGUGGUCCCUUCCAUUUAGUACACAAAGACCUUAAACGUUACACACAAUGAAGGAGAUACAGAGAAAAAUAUAAUUCAUCUGUCACACUGUUACAAUUUGUGAUCCUUGCGAUUCAUCUGGAGGAAUAAUGGUGCACGCCUGUUUUAAAAUGGAAUGUGCUGCCUAGAAUGGGAUAUCCAUUAUGUUCUUUGGGUCUGUAGCAUUCUCUGCUGAAAUAAGAGAUGCCAUGUUAGAAUAUAUGGCAGUCAUGGCUGUGGGUGCAGGAAGAGUCUGCAGAGUAUGCAGGAGUCUCAAACAUCCCCCACGUCUUGGGUUCUGACAUUUCACUAAAAGGCCUGCCCACAGAUACAUCUUAGCAACAAAUGCUGGCUAAAAAGCUCAUGUCAGAAGGCUCGUUUUUGUACUCACCAUUGAAAGAUCCUGUUUACAUUUUUAUUAACUCAAGAGGGCUUGAGUUAACUCAUCAGUAUGUUAAGCACAUCAAUUUUUUAUUAUUUUAAUUGUUUUCUCUUUGACCUGCUUUUGUUAGUCCUUCCCCCUCUUGCAUGCCAUAACACAAGCUCUCUUCUCAUUCUGGACUAUGGCAGGUCCCCCCCCCAAAAAAAACCCCAGUUAUACCUUCUUCUUUUCCCCUUUGCAUACCCCACAGGGUGUGUCUGUCCUCCUCUUUUUCUUUCUACAGUUCCCUCCCCCUCUGUUUCUUCAUCCAUCCAUCAAUCCUUACCUUCCUUCUCACUGAACACAGCACACAAGUCUUUUACUCUCCCAGCCAGGGCCAGCCCAAUACAUUUUGGCACCUGAGGCAAACCACAAAAUGGUUCCCAGCUCCCUGUCAAGGAAGAAUGGGUGUGGAAUAAAGAUUUACACUGGGAUCCGCUGCCCCUGUGGAUCCUGCCACCUGAGGUGAUUGCCUCACCUUGCUUCAUUAGGGAGCUCCCCAUAAUCCACACACUGAGGGAGAGCGUGUCAGAUGGGCAGGAGGACAAAGUGGUGCCAACUCCAUCACAAGCUUCUGAAUCCAUGGAGAAAGAGAAACCAUGAAGAUGUGCCCACCCAGAUAGCAUCCUUUCAUUCCCACCUUUCUUGAACCAACUUGCCCACCAAGAGAUGGGAAAGGGCAAACAAACAAGAGGUGUUAGAAAGAUUCCCCCAAUCAGCUUACGUCGCAUAGGUCCCAUUAUAGUCCAGCUCAGGUUAUUAAUGGUACAUGAAAAGAAAGGCCUAACUUCAGCCUGAUCACAGGCUUUGUAAAGUUGUUGCUACUUUCCCAUUUGGCGCAUUUCUGCACAAUGCAAGCAGUUGGUGUCGGUUCCAGUUCUUUAGUGGCCCUAAUUUAUUUAUGCCUGUGCGAACUAGAUACAGAGCACGCCUGCUAGCUAACAUUGCAUGCAAAGUAGGUCUCCGAAGUUUCUUGGCCUAUCACCGCAGACAGUAAUCACCUCACACAGCAUGACGCUGGCGCUUUGGAAGUGGGACUUUUGUUGGCAAGGUGGACCGCAGGGGGAAAAGAGCAAUUAGUGACCUUCCUAUGCUCUCUCCCUCUGGCUUUAUCCUUAAAAUAAUAUUUGCCUCAGUCAAGACCCUUGGCAGAAAAAGUGGACAAGAGUGUAAAUCAUUGGCUCCCUCUGUGAGUUGCGGACAAUAACAUGACUUGAAAUUUUGCCUUAGGGAGGCUCUACCUGAUGGCUCUGCAUGAACAUGUUUGGGGUCAGGAAGGAGCUUCCUCCAUAAAAGACUGGCAAACAACCAUGAGUGGUGGAGCUCUGCUAUCUUCUAACGUCUGCUCUUGGCUCCUUCACUUGUGUCAUGGCUUUGCUAAACCCUUUUUGAAUCACACUGACACUUCUUGGCCCUUCAUUGCCUCCCGCUUCUGCUUCGUAAGCACUCUUGAACAGCUUUCCCCAACCUGCUGCCCUUCAGAUGCCUUGGACUAUAACCACCACCAUCAAUUAUUUUACCUGCCACCUAAGGUUGAUGGGAGUUGGAGUCCAAUCACAUCUGGCAGACACCAGGCAGGGAAAGGGUCCUAUAAGAUGAAGUGCAGCAAUGAAGUGGGGUGAGGUAGUGCAUGGAGUAUACAUUCAUGGGACAAGGUGCUGGAGAAGAUGAUUCUCUUCUUUUGUUGUUCUUCAGGGUAACCUAACUCGACUGCAUGUCUUGCCAUGAGGGUAGGGUUAUUGUCUUGUUUGUUAUUAUGUCAUGUAUUUUUGUGUUUUUAUAAUGUAAACCACUGUGUGAUCCUCGGACGAAGGGCAGUAUAUAAAUUUAAUAAAUAAUAACAACAGUUAUUUAUAGGCAUUGUACCACACUGGUGAUUCCCUCUGUCCUGUCCCAUGCACUCUGGGCAGAGAAGACAGGAAGAAUGGGCCCUAGCAUAAGAGUGGACUAUGCAUCAAAUUCUCAGUUCAUGCUUAUGGGAUAUAACCAAUGCUGUCUGUACAAGGGUGGAACAGAAUUGGAAUCAUAGAAUUGUACAGGUGGAAGGGACCAUGAGGGCCAUCUCCUCAUGGACUUCACUCUCCUUGCCUUGCCUCUUCAGCCUUCCACACAUCCUCAAAAUCUGUUCCAGAAGGACUUAGAGGACCUUCCAGAACAGAUUUUGCAGGCAUGCUGGAGGACGGAGGAGAAGAUGAUAUUUAUUUAUUUAUUUAUUUAUGUAUUUAUUUGAUUUAUAUACCACCCUUUCUCCAAAUAUCCCAGGGAUAUUACAACGUUAAGAACAUAAUUUAGGAAGCAUAAUGAUAAAAACAUAAUACACAGCGUAUUAGUGCACAGGUUAAUGAUAAAAUAAUCAUAAUAACUGCCCCCCCCCAUUUAAUUGUGCAACAUCAGAUUCCACUCUCUGCUAAUUGCAUCUGGCUUUUUCUCAGUGUGAAAAUUCAACAGAGAUUUUUGAAAUUUCUCACAGCAAGGACAAGAGACCUCUGGCUGCUAGUGGUUUAUUAUGCAUCCUUGGAAGUUCCUUCAAGGAAAGAUAGUCAGCCUUGGGAUCCUAACAUCAUUGGUCUGGAAGAACGUUUGAUCAACAGCACCAGAAGAAUUUUCAUCUUUCUUAAAACAAAUACCUCUUACACAACCUUCCUAUGUAUCAGGGAGCCUUUCACUUCAUCACUGUAUGGCAAUUUCCUGUAUGGCAAUUUCCAAACUCCUGAUAUACUCUGUGGAGAAAAUAGUCACAGAACAUUUUAAUAAACUUCCUGAUAUGCAAAAAUAAAAAUGAAUAAAGCAACUCCUUUUUUAUCUGCAUGUUUUUAUUUUUUGUAAUAAUUUUUUAUUAGUUUUACAAUUUAAUUUUACAUUCACAAAUAAAAUAAAAUCAAAAAGUGUAGAAUUCUCCAAAAUCUUGGGCUUCCUUCCUUCCCACCAUAAAGGUAAAAAGGUUAAGGGACCCCCUGACCUGACCAUUAGGUCCAGUCGUGAACUGCUAGGUUGGCAGGAGCAGGGACCGAGCAACGGGAGCUCACCCCGUUGCGGGGAUUCGGACUACCAACAUUCUGAUCGGCAAGCCCUAGGCUCUGUGGUUUAACCCACAGCACCACCCGCGUCCUCCUUCCCUCCAUAGAGUCCGCUAAUAACCAUUUUUGACUGCAUAUCAUAUCGCCCUCUAUUUGUCCAUAAAACUCUAUUUGUAUCUAUAGUUAUUUUUGCAUUGCAAGUGUUAUUUCAAUCCUGCUAAAUGUUUUUAACUGUCUACAGUGUUCUCUCAAGUACGUUACAAUUUCCCCCCAGUCCUUGUUAAAGUUUUUAUCAUCCUGGUUCCUGAUUUCUUCAGUCAUUUUAGCCAUCUUAGCAGAGUCCAUCAGUUUUGUUGUCCACUCUUCUCUUGCAGGUGUUUUCUCUUCCUUCCAUCUUUGGACUAAGAGUAUCUGGGCUGCCAUCGUCAAAUUAAGCAACUCAUCCUAAAAAUCCUUUUCAGGGAGAAAGUGUAGUACAACUUUAAUCCAUCAAAUGGGAGCAGGACAUGGACUGAGAAACACAUGCCAGAAAAAACCCCAAAUGUUGCUUGCCUAUUGUGAGUGAGCUCAUGGUUGAAUUACUGCAAUGUCAACCAGUGAUUUUAACCCUGUAGUUUGGUAAAUCGUAGAUCUGUCUUGGUGGGGUGCUAGAACAGCAUCUUUUUCAAUGGCAGGGAGGGGAAAACUUGUUCAACCUGUAUUCCUCCAUGGGCAGCUUUCCAGGUGAUGAGGGGCAGCAGAAAAAGUGGGUGGAGCAAUGGAUGUGAAGCCCACCUCUGUACAGUAAGCUGCGUUGCAGUCACGCAAAAGUCAGAGGUUUCUACCCAGACAGUGCUACAUCAAGGCAAGCAAGAAGGCCAAUCAUAGUCAAAGCCAAAAUCCAGCCAGGCAAAAGCACUCAAAGAGGGCCAGAGCAGAGCUGGUGAGUGCUGUGGCCUGGGGAGAGUCCAAAGGAUGAGAUAGAGAAGCUUGAUGAGUCACAUUUGUCCCAGAAGCCUCAGGUCCCCACCCCCGCCCUACAAUGCAAUUCCAUACUACAGAUCGAAACUUGUAAAAGUGAGUGGAGAAGUUUAUUCUUUCUGCCAUAUCUUUUCUGUGUGUCUCCCUCUCUCUGUUGCCUGUCACUUUUAACAUAUGAUUUCUUUUUUAGUGGCCCUUCCUAUAUAGCCUCUCUUUUCUUCAGAAAGCUUGCGUGCAACAACCCAUUUUAUCCAAGUAACAACCCUGUAAGGUAGGCUGCCUCAAUUUUCAUGGCUAAGAAGGGAUUUGAGCUUGUGCUUCCCUAGUCCAAAAUUCUUAACCACUGCUCUGCCCUGGCUCAGAGAGAAAGGAGCCAGAUGUCUGUCUGUCUGUCUGUCUGUCUGUCUGAUACUCAUUUCCAUUUAUGAAUCACUUCCCAGAAUAAAUUUUGAAGCGUUUUCAAAAUAAAAAUAUCAACAAUAAAAACAAGGCAUAUAAAAAUAUGUAAAAACUAUUUAAACAGUUCCACAUAUGAAAGCAAUUCCUUUUAUCCUUAUUUAAUUAAUUGCCUUCCACACAUGUCUCAAGGCAACGCACAAAUGCAAUAAAAAACCCCAGCCAAGAACAGUUAAAAGACAACACAGAAAAUAACAUCAGAUAUACAACCAACUGAAAUCAAUUCCACAUAUAAAAACAAAUUAAAACAAUUUCAUAUGCAAAAACAAUAAAUGUUAUGCUAUUAAGCCAAAUGUAAUGUGGUAGCAGUGCACAAUAACUAGACAUGUAAUCAAAACCACAUUGAUAAUAUUAUAUUUCAUAUUUUAUUCCUUUUUAUUUUAAUGGAUAAUUGAGCAAAGAUUUAAUUGUGGUAUUGAAAUCUCAAGUGACGGUGUCAAAAAUGGGAAAUUAUUGGACACAUUUUUGCAUCAUUAGGGAUCAUUUGAACAAUGGCAUUAAAGCAGGAGGUACAACCAUAAGUUUUUCACUGGCCAGUCAUUAAGCUUCCCAUUAAAAAAUGACAAGGAAUAAGAUAUCUAAAAUCUGGUCAUUAUCUUGGAAUUUUGGGACAACAGAUUUAAGCUCAAGAGCAGGGCUUUUUUCAGCCAGAACUGGCCAGAACUCAGUUCCUGCACCUCUCAGGUGGGCACCAUUGCCAUUCUAAGAGAACAAGGGGCAGGGGUGCCCACUUGAAUAAAAUAUUGGGGAACCAGGUAAGCCCUGCCCCACAUCACAUGACACAGUGCACACACGCCAUUAACAUUUGAGGGCCUGGCCCCCUCAAAUAUUUUAUUGGGGGGCUGAAGACCCCUCGGCCCCUAGAAGUUGGCUCCUAAGACAAGGGAGGCAUUCAUGGUGCAUUCUUUGUUCUAGAAAAAUAGCACUGCUAAAGAGUAUUUGGAAUUAUGUUAUCCUCUUUGAGACUGCAUGAUGCAUCUAUCUUUUUUUAGUCUGAUUUUACCUUUUUAUAAAUUCAUACCUGUUUUAACUUUCAUUUGAAAAAAAGUAAAUGUGGGAGAUGACUGUCAAGGAAAUAUUUUAGCCUUGCGACUAAGGGGAGUUUGCAGUUUUGAAAGAAAUUGGAGCACGAACUUGGUGCUGGGAAACUGAUGAGAAUGUGGUGGUAGACAAACAGGAAGUCUACCUAAGGAAUUGGGAACAGAGGAAACGAACUUACACUGAGCCAGACCAUCAGGGCACCCAGCUCAGUAUUGUCUAUACCGAGUGGCAAAAAGUGGUUUCAGACCAGUUUCUCUCCCCAGGCCUAACUGGAGAGGCUGGGGAUCAAACUCAGGACCUUCUGUAUGAAAGCGGGUGCUUUACCAACUGAGCCAAGUCCCUUUUGAAAGAGGAUCAGGUGGCAAGUUAGUUGAAAAAGGAGGCAGAGACCAGAGCCAUUAGGCAGUAGGAUGAAAAGCAGGAGCCCAAAGGGGGAAUGUGGGGGAAGAUGAGGCAGAAAGCAACAGGAAGGGGCAAAUUGCUGAGCAAAGGAAGGGCCACAAGGAAUGGGGCAGGGGGAGCUAGAGUAUAUAAGAGAUUCUUGUGGGGCCUAAGGACUGGAGGGUGAGGCUGGAAGAGCUUGGACAGGAAGGAAACUAGCUCAAAAGUGAGAAAGCCGAGGCAAUGGAGAGGCCAAAAGGGGGACCGAAUUUCACAUAUUGAGUUAAACGAACCGUGAAAUUUUUGGCUGAAGAUCUCUGAGCUUGUGGACAAACAGUGCGGUGCAAUGGGAGCCAAGCAACUUCCCCCUUAACACUCUGGUGGAACUACCCCGAUCCUGUUUCAGGAGGGGGGGGGAGCCUCCCUUCAGUGUCAUGAGGAUGCGCUUAACAUUGAGAGAGGGAGGGAGAGACAGUUGUUUGUAAGGGCUGUUUUUUAAGGCUACAGUUCAAACAGACGGAAAGUGGAUUAACAUCUAAAUACAGUGGUACCUCGGGUUAAGAACUUAAUUCGUUCUGGAGGUCCGUUCUUAACCUGAAACUAUUCUUAAUCUGAGGUACCACUUUAGCUAAUGGGGCCUCGUGCCGCCGCCACGCGAUUUCUGUUCUCAUCCUGAAGCAAAGUUCUUAACCCGAGGUACAAUUUCUGGGUUAGCAGAGUCUGUACCCUGAAGCGUCUGUAACCUGAAGCGUCUGUAACCCAAGGUACCACUUUGGUUCUCAAAUGUGCAUAAGUCCAGUUUGCUACAGGCAAUAUGAAAAAAGCACCAGCAACGAUCACACCAGUGCAUAGGUGCAGAUUUAAAGCACAUUACCUCCCCCCAAAAAAUACUGGGGACUGUAGUUUGCUAAGGGUGCUGGGAACUGUAGCUCUGUAAAGAACCAACUACAACUCCCAGGAUUCUUCGGCAGCAUGCUUUAAAUGUAUGGUGUUUAUGCAGAGUUUCAGCUUUCCCAGGUUUUGGGGAAGCUUUGCACUAAUGUUUAGAAGUUUCUGAAGCUGUUUUCUCUUCACAGCAUAGUUGUUGCCAUAAUAUCAAGACAUGGAGUUUGUGUUCUUUAAUGACAGAAUUCCAGUUUAUUGAAUUUGAAGUGGGAAAGCUGGAUAAAAUUAAUAAGGCAAAGAUUUUGAUAAGAACUGUAUGGUUGUAUCGGAACAGGGGUGGGGAAGCUGAGUCUCUUAAGGUGAUGUUGGACUCCAAUUUUCAUCAUCCAAUCUUCAAGGGUUAUGGUCAGGGAUGAUGGAAGUUGUAAUCUAAUAUUAUCUGGAGGUCCCCAGGUUCCCUCCCCCUGCCAACAAUCCCUAUCUAUGAGACUCUUAAUCUCAGGUUCAUGGGUUAUAGCCCCACAAUGAACAAAAACAUUCCUGCAUUGCAGGGUGUUGGACUAGAUGACCGUCUCAGGCCCUUCCAGUGCUAUUAUUCUAUGUCCUAAAUUGUUAAUAAAGCUAAGAUACUGAGUGAAGAGAUCUUUCAUUUGUGUCUAUGAAACCCAUGUCCUUCCUCUGGUGCGUCUGGAGCUGGAAGAUUCAGUAAAGAUUACUGAGAAACUCUGAAGAAGGAUAACAUCUGGUGGCGAUGCAGCCUUAGCUGUCCACUGCAACCUUGGCUGAACAUAGGCAACCAUUCACCCCAAUAGGUUCGCCACACUGUGCAUGCAACCACUUGCCUCUAACAUCCUGCUAAGUGGUGAAGAUUUUACCACACAUCUACACCCAGUCAGGAAGUGAGGGAGUCAUAAAACUCUCUCUACCACUUGGCAGGACAUCACAGACAGACAGCUCUUCAAGUGGUUACACACACAGUGUGGUGAAUGGCCACUAGGCAAAUGGUGGAGUGGGCUGAUCAUCCUAGACUUUUAAUGUUCUUCAGUCUGAGGGUCAAGAAAACAUUCUGCCCAUAUCAUUCGACACCAGGCUUGGAUCCGAAAACCAGCCACGGGCCUGGAUACAGUUCCUCUUCCACAGGCCACAAUUGAAUCCCUGUCCCCUUCCUCAUCCAUCCCAUGCCUCCUCACACUUGACCAGGGGCUGUUUUCCAGUGCCUCAUCUUCUCCCCACACCCCCACCUUUUCUGUGUGUUUUCUGGCUGCUGAAAGGUUGAUGAGCCAGCUUGUGAAAAUAAUAUGUGUUAGCCAAAACAGCCCUCCCUUGCAAAGGCUGUGGGGAGCAGUGUUUAUUAUCCACCACGCCAGCCCUAGAUGACCUCAACUUCUCACCAGAGUUUAAACCAAAUAUUUUAAAAAGGAGAAAAAUAAUGGGCCCUUGUCUUUAUCCGCAGAGCUGCGAGCUAUCUCCGUGACUAAUACAAAUGAUAGCAUAUGGUGAGGUGGACAGUGAAAUAUUGCCCAGGCAUAUUGCCUUUUUCGUUAUUAUUAAAGGGAGGGUCUUAAUUCCAGUCUGGGAACUUGAAACACUGGAACCUUACCCAAACCUUUCCCUUUUCAGCCAGAAAUGCAGCUUCAGAGGUAUUCUCUGUAUUCUCUAGCCUAAAGAGAGAGAGAGAGAAGGAUUGCUUUCUUUCUAGAAUGAAUGAAAUUAUGCUGUUUGAUGGAUAUGGAAAAUUCCAUCCUUGACUCAACUGUCUGGGUUACUUUAAGAUCUGAAGGGAUGCCUUCAGGGCCCUGAAAAUGAAGCCUUGAGAAUAUUAACAACAACCAAUGCGAUUUGUUCAUCUAAGGCAGGAAUCCUAUCCAUUAUAUCUUGGAUCUAAGUCCCAUUGAACUUAGUGGGACUAAGAUCGGAGUAAACACACAGAGUUCUGCUGAAAAUCAGGUGCAGCAUGCCUGACUAUAUUUGUUCAUGAUAGAAUUAAUACAGUGGGUGAAAUCAUACCCAGGAAGACCUUGGUUCAAAUUUCACCAGUCUCAAAAUGACAGGUUGACCCUAGGAAAGGCAUUUUUCUCCUAUGAGUCCAGCCUCCUAUCUAGAAAUGGAAAUAUAGAAUAUAUGAAAUACCGGUAUAUGUUUGCACCCUGAUCUCUAAAUGGUGGAAGGUUUCGGGAUUCUGGCCAUGUAUCUUAAGUUUGGUUUCCUUGGAGUGGAUUUCACUGAAGUUUAUGACGCUGCUGUGAUAUAAGGCUUUACAAAUACACCAGCUGAGCAUAAUAGGGAAAUUUCAUAGCAUUAACACUCUAGCAGGUCCUGCUUCCCCACUGGUUUUCUAGGGGUUGCCCCUAAUGCCACAGCACUGAUUCUCACAGAUAGCAAGCCAUGCCUCUGCAGUUCUCAGACUCAGUUCCAAGACCGCCCAUCUAUAGCUGUCUUUCACACACAGACAUCUUGAUGACGUCACCUCAAGUCAAGGGAGAAGAAAGGUAUGCCCCUUUGCAGAGGAGUCUCACAUUUCUGUGGCAACACAUCACCUGUACUUGGCUAUUUCUUCAGUUUAGCCUCCCAACAAAAGGGAAUCACGCUAAGCUUGUCCACCCUGUUUGACCUAGUUGCCAGUCUCAUUUGACAAGCACAGUCACAGGGUUCAUAGAGGUGACCCCCCCAACCCACUUAGUUCAUCCUCAGACAAUGUUAUCCUAGUCUUUCACUGCUGCUUGUAAGGAUUGCUGAAAAACAGUAGGAAAGGUGUCCUCAACACUAUAUAAACGAUACCGUAUUGGCCUGAAUAUAAGUCACACCUUUCCCCCCCAAAUUUGGGCUGCAAAAAGUUAAAGUGUGACUUAUAUUUGUGAGCCUUAUGGCUCCCCCACUCCCCAGGAAGCAGCCCGCCCACCACUCCCAAGCCUCCCAUAGCCACCUAAGAAAGGGGGAAGGGGGGGAGGCCUCCAGCAAAGCAGUGCAGCUCCCCCCUCCCCCCCAGAGCAGCCCGGGAGCACAGGGCAACGGUGUGCAGCCCACCCGCUGCUCCCAAGCCUCCCUCAGCGCUGGCUUGCGGAGGUAGUGCUGGGAGUGCCAGAAGGCAGUAGUACCAGGAGGCUGGCAUGCAGCGGACUCGAAAGCUAGCGCCAGUGCCAACUUGGGGAGCAGGGCACUGAGCACUGGUGCCAGCCGCCCCCAUCCCCCGUUCAGGGCAGUAGUGCCGGGACCCACAAAUAAGCCUUGAAUUUUAAAGGUGUGGCUUAUAUGCAGGUGUGUCUUAUAUUAGGGCCAAUACUGCAAUGAUUAUCACUAUCUACAAAAUUCUGACUAGGCAAGUGUAAUUGAGUAGUACAAUAAUAAUCUGCAGUGAGUCUCAUGAUAGUUGAUGUUUCACUCUCUGGAAUCAUACAAUAACUUUUUUUAAAAAAAAAAAAUAGCCUUUUGUCCUACAGGCUCCAGCUAAAAACAAGUUCUUGUACAAGAAAGUGCUUUAAAGUGUUUUGUUUUGUUUUGUUUUGGUAUGAAUGGUUCAUGGGUUUGGAAUUCCUCAAGCUGGCACCAGCACUGCACUUGCAGAAUGUACCAGGAAUCCUCAAACACCAAAUGACAUCUUUGAAAUAUACACCUUGCUGCUCUGCCUUUUAGUGCUGCUGCGAAAUCUUGCUCUUCAACUUGCCUGGCUCCUAACACUAUUAAUUCAACAAAACGUUGCAGGUUCUUUUGAGCCAGGGCAUUGGCUAGGGAUAAUUUUGUUAGACCCAAAACAGCACCCUGAUGCCUCAGCAUUGCCCUGUCCCUGUAUUGACUGCACACCCACCCCGCAGGUCUGUCUGGAGUUUUAGUGUAAGACCGGCAUGUUGGCAACUCAAAUCCAAGUUGGAACACGGUGCAGUUUUUACUCCUACAAAAUUCUCUUCCCUCGGGGAGAAAAACUUGUACAGAAGGAUUAAAUAAUAAUAAAAAGGUCUGCCUUGUUCUAUCAGCUUCAGAUGCAGCCAAAAAGGGGGGCGCUUGGAAUACGGCUAACAUCAGGAUAUCAUGAAUUAUAUAUUCUCGGAGAAGUAUUUUUUUAUUUUAAAAAAGAAUCCAGACUGUCAAUGCUGGAUUUCAGAACAGUAAGCUCAUAUAAAAGGUCCCAAAAUGGCAGAGGCAUGGAGUGGGGGGGGGGGGGUUAUGCCACUGUUUAUUGCUUUCAUUAUAAGUUUCAAAUAUAGGAAUAGAUAAGAGUGCUCAGAACAAUAGCAAUUGGCACAUUUGGGCGAGGGGGGGGCUGCAUUUUCCCAAUGAGAAAAUAUUGCAGUUGGAGAGAUGGAAAAAUGCUACUGCCCUACAGCAGAACUACUUCCCCCAAACAAACAAAUAAUCGCAGUGCAUUUAGAGUGCCCUGAAAUUGCCAGAAUGCCCACCCCAAAGGCAUAGAAAAAACCACACAACUUUGUUCAGUGUGCAUCUGUAAUUCGCACCGGGUCAGUAUUUCCUAACCAGUCUCCAUUCAUCCAGAUCAUUAGACAUAGGCCAAGGGUGAAGAACCUGUGGCCCUUCAGAUGUUCUGCUUCCAACAUCCUUGACUAUUGGCCAUGCUGACUGGCCUUGGUGUCAGGUUUUUUCCGUGGGGGAAAGAAAUCCCCCUAACUAACUAACAUAAGAAAACCUAACUAACCUAAGAAAACAGGUCUAUUGUUGCUGGUAGAUGUGGUAAUUUAAUGAAGCCUGGAGAGGCCAGAUCUAUCUACUCUCUGUUGUUUCUCAAUGGGUAGAGUGGCUGUCCAUCUGCAGGUGGACCUGUCAUGAAGACAAUGUCUUCCCUUCAGUUCUCCCCCUGGAUCCUUUUACCUCCAUUUACACCAGCCUUUAAUUAAUUGCAUUGCUGCCAUAAUUGGCUUCACAGCCCCCAGCCCACUGCACUUCCCUUAAAAAGGUAACACCCAGGAUAACAAUAGACUGUCUUUCAAGAUUGUCAUACGUUACUCUACAACCGGCAGAGUUGGAGUGGGACCGGGGAGACAAGGGUUCAGAUCAGUUAUGCAGCUCAUCUUGGGCUAGUCACUGUCUCUUAGCUUAACCUACCUCACAGGGUUGUUGUGAAUAUAAAAUGGGGACGAGGAAAAUCAUGUGUGCCACACUAAGCUUUGUUGAAGCAGGGAGGGAUAUAGAUUAAAAUAAAAAUUAAAAAUGAUUAUUUAAUUAAUAACUAUCAAUAUUCACUGCUUUGUUUCUGGUGCCUGCUAAAUACUUCUUUGUUUAGGCAAGCCCAUCUGAAUAUGUAUCUUUAUUAUCUAUGGUUUAUGGUGAUGUACAUUUUUAGCAACUGCUGGUUUUACUUAGAUUUUGACAAAUAUUUAAGUUAGAUUGCUUUUAACGUUCAAUUUUUACGAACACUUUUUACUGAAUAUUUUAUAUUCUCUGUAAAUUGCAUAGAGGUUAUGGAUGAUUAAGCAGUCUAUACAACCUGGGUUUUUAUUUUAUUUUUAAAUGAAAAUAUAAUAAUUUAUAACACACAUUUUAUUUUUAUUCUUAGUAUAUUUUAAUUUCUUUUAUAUAUAUAGAAUCCAUUUGUUUAAACGGGAUAUCAAUAAUUAGAAACAAAUACAUAAAUUAACAGUGUGAAGCAGCCCUAAGUAAGCGCUUGGACCAAAGUCAGGAAAUAGGAAACUGCCACUUGGAGGAAAUGUGUCAUUGACCCAGCUGCCCCCCCCCCUUCAUUCUAUCCACCAGGAGCUGCUAGACUUUGAACCAGUUGGCAGUUGUGUCCUGCUCUUUUUACAGGGUCACUUUCUCUCUCCCUGCAGGUACAUUGGGGCCCUGGGGGCAAGGGUGAUCUGCGAUAACAUCCCUGGAUUGGUCAACAAGCAGCGACAGCUGUGCCAGAGUUACCCAGACAUUAUGCAGUCCGUUGGGGAAGGAGCAAAAGAGUGGAUCCGGGAAUGCCAGCACCAAUUCCGUCACCACCGCUGGAACUGCAGCACUUUGGACAGAGACCACACAGUCUUUGGCAGGGUCAUGCUACGAAGUAAGUCCCCAGAGCAGCUCGCCUUUUUGCAGAGAGCCCCGCUGAAUGGUGCAGCAUAGGAAUCUUUGACCUGUGAUUAUGAUGUUCUCGUUUGAAAAAGGUCAAUGUUGCCUGUCUCUCUGUGAUUUAUUUAUUAAUUACUGAUUUAUCAUUCCUAUGAGGCAUCUCAAACCGACUUCCUGCAUCAUGCUGGCAUCCACCUGUCUCAAGAGACAAUGGAGGGUGCCUCCAGGGUAGGGCUGCCAUAUUUCAGAAAGUGAAAAUCCAAACACAAAGAUGGUUGAGCUUCUUUUGCAAAAUCUCAUACAAAUAAAGUUUCAGAGCUACUUUUUCAGAACCUGAACCUGCCAAAAUCAGCACCUCCGAUAUGGGUUGCCGUACGUCCGGAUUGUCCUGGACGUUUCAGCAAUUUCCACCCAGAUGCUGUUCCCAAUGGCUGAAUCCAGGGUAUGUCCGGGAAAUUCUGGACGUAUGGCAACCCUACUCCAGGGGUUAAGCCAAACUGCUCCAUUAGCAGCACUUAAUCUCUCCGGGCCACAAGCUUGGGCAGUGUGUAUGGAGGUCCUGGUCUGCUUAGAUGACAAGACUCCCCUCUUGGCCUCGCUGAUGUGGUCCAAAGGAAAGGAGAACAACAUGUUUGGCACUAGCUUGGCUGCAGGGGUUGGUGGAAGGAAGCAUACAAGUUGCCAUCGAACUGUUUUAGGGACUCCACUCUGGAUUUGUGUAGGGUUUGCUCCUUAGCCUUUUAAAAGAGUAUUAGACAAAUUCCUGAAGGAUAAGGCUAUCAGGUCUACUAGCUAUGAUGGCUAUGGUAUAUCUCCACUUUUGGAGGGAGUAUGCCUCUGAAUACGUUUCUGGUGAACACAAGUAUGGAGGGAAAGUGGCAGGCACGAUGCUGCUCAUCUUAAUCACUUGGCUGCCUGCCAUAGUUUUUCCCCUCUGUCAUUUAAUAAGAGAUCUGCAACAAGUUUUUACCAAGCUGUUUAUUGCCUAGGUGGGUUCACUGUGAAAUAAUUUUACUGAAAAUCUUGAAUGCUGUGGCUUUAGCACCUUUCCAGGCUUCAGGAAACAGAAGCAAAUAAAAUGGACCACUUACUUAUUAUUUUGAAUUUAAGAUUUAUGGAAGCAGGUACAACUUUACAAGGACUUGACGUUGGCAAUAUCCUUAGUAUAAUUUCACGGCGUAUGUGCGCCAAUUCAGAAAGAAAGAUCCCCACAUGGAAGUAGCCCUUAUGAACAUGAGAACAUAAGAAGAUCCUUCUGGAUUAGGCCAAUGGCCCAUCAAGUCCAGCAUCCUGUUCUCACAGUGGCCAACCACUCAAACAGGACCCAAGCACAAGAGCGCUCUCCCCGCCUGCAACUGAUAUUCAGAAAUAAUAUUGCCUCCAACUGUUAUUGCGUCCAUCACGGCCAGGAGCCUUUUUGUGUCACUCCAUCUCCUGGAUCAUUUUGGCUGCUGUUUUCUGAACCUUUUCCAACUCAACAAUAUCCUUUUUGAGGUGUGACAACAUGCACACAUACAUGCACACAUACAUGUAAAUGUGUACAGAGAGAAUGGGGUGGAGAGGCAGAGAGAGAGAGUUUGGGAGUUUCUUAGAACUGGAACUCUCAGAUCCGGCUUCAUACCUGACUGGGACAGACUCACAUUUACGAGACAAGUCUGCAGGCAUAGCAUUUAGCUUUGUCCAGGAAGGAAGAAUCUUUUGCUAAUCGCUGUGGACAGAGCAAGGCCUAAAUUACCCUGCAUGAUGUCUUGGCUUCCCCUGUAUACUAAGCAAACAGUAAUAGGAUAUGUCACUGUGCUGGGAAGUAGCCACUUCAGAAUAGGAGAGAACACCUCUGGAAGCAUGAGCUUGAAAGUAAACUGUAACAGGAUAUAUAAAUAUUUGGCUAGCGGGAGCUGGCUGGGAAUCAGCUGCUGGGGCAAAGUUUGUAGUCACCCUGCAUAGUGCAAAAGGCCAAGCCACAGCUUUGACCUUCCUCUCAAAGAGGGACUGUGGUCAGGGAGUAAAACGCACCCCUGUGGAAGGCCUCACACAUCAGUGUCUAAAAGCUCCAGUGUGCCCUGCACUGGCUGUGCCGAUAGAUGUGUUUCAGCCCUGCCCCAAAUGUUACAAACACUUGCUUUAAAUGAUACACAGGGAAGCAUGCAGGGGCAGAAAGUCAGUGUUUAGUGUGUAUAGAAGUGGUUUUGUGCACUACCCCAAUGUUCUUCUCAGUCUGCAUACAAGUAUAGGAAAGUGCAUAGACACCUCUUUUGUCCUUGAUUUUUACAAAGAAAAUAGUGCAGGGACAGGAUUCACAUCUCCAUAAUGCCUUUUACCAUAAUGUUGUGCAAUGUCAGACUGAUAUAGGCUAACACCAAAUCAGUAAGUCUGCCGACCAGAUAAGCAUCUCAGCCUACUUACAUUUAUUUGGCUCCUGCCAUAAUAUUUGGCAGGAGCCUGCCUUCUCUUUGCAAAUUUGAUUGUAGUCAGGUAGUCCAUUAACAAAACAGUUUUGCAUCUGUAGUAGUCUUUGAGCGGAUCUUUCUUUUUGCUUAGCAGAUUGAAUAUAGUAUAGUUGUUUUCCCACUCCCUUUAACAUUGUGGUACAAGAUGUUAUGGGAUAUGCCAUACAUCUCACAUAGUCACUAGCAGGGAAUCUUUUUGAUGAUAGGCACGCUGCUUUAGGACAAGUUAUGCAUGUGAAUAUGUUUAAUGGAACCUUGUCUUAAGUUAAAUCAAUAAAAGCCAAGCACUGUCUGGCUGAUCUUACCUUCGGUCCCUAUUUCUAGAAAGCAGACCUGCCAUUUGCUUCUCCAGCUUCUGCUGAAGGAUGCUAGAUUGCACCACUGGCUUUGAAGCUGCUAUCCGAAGGCUGCGUCUGAGGAACGCAACAGUGUGGUUUUGAUUUGCAGCUGUUUUUAUGGCCAUUAUAAAAACAGAUGCGAACUCAAAGCAGAACUAUAAAAUACCAGGCAGCAUCCUGCACUGCGUGGGGACUUGCCAGGCGAUUUACAGCUUCUGGAAGGAGCAGUACUAUAUAUGCAUUUAUCCAAAAAAAGACAACAGCCACCCAGACUCAGGGGUACAAGGAGAGAGGUGUGGAACCAGAAAGAAUAAUUUCUACAGAUGCAUGCAAACAUGUGAACAAAGAAGUCCCAAGAUAUCUGAACCUUGGCACAUUGUGGAGAUGAAGGCAGGCGGACAGAGGAUCAGACAGACUCCCCAAAGAAAAUUAAAAACAAUAUUGAAAUUGCUCAUCUUCUGUCAGCAGAACUUUCUUCAUUAGGGCCCUACACCCUUGUCUUCCAGGCUGCUUCUCAAAGGCAUUUUACCUCCAAGAAGUCCAUUUUCAUAGCAUCCUCUUCAGCAGGACCCUCACUGUUGCUUGAUCAUUGAAUUUACCCAACUCCAAUCCCUGCUCAAAACCAGAAAAUAAUCUAAGGAUCUCGGACGCCUGACUUUGUAUCCCUUGUUUUGUGCAUCAUCAACAUAGUGAAUCCAUGGCUCAUCAAGGUAGCAAGUGAGCCUUACCUUUGUGUCUUUGUGUCCUUUGUGUCUCAUCAAGUUGUGUAGCACCCCCCAGAAUAUCUCCUCUACAAUGGUUAACAUAGUUUCAUUGUUAUCCUUGCUAGGCUUGGGGUGCCAAUCAAAUAGCCGAUGAAAUAAGCAUCUGAUAUUUUACUGUUAUCACAUAUUGCCAACUAUCUCAUGAAGUCCAAAAUGUUCUUCUGUAGGUAAUGGCGUGUACUUUUUAUUGGAUCACACUGACCACAAACAUCCCCUUCCUGAUAGCUUCCAUAAUCUUCCCUGUUAUAUCCCUACCCCAAAUGAGAGUCAGUGUGGUGUAGUGGUUAAGAGUGGUGGACUCGUAAUCUGGUGAACCGGGUUCGCGUCUCUGCUCCUCCACAUGCAGCUGCUGGGUGACCUUGGGCUAGUCACACUUCUUUGAAGUCUCUCAGCCCCACUCACCUCACAGAGUGUUGGUUGUGGGGGAGGAAGGGAAAAGGAGAUUGUUAGCGGCUUUGAGACUCCUUAAGGAGGUGAAAGGCGGGAUAUCAAAUCCAAACUCUUCUUCUUCUUCUACCCCAAAAGAAGCAGCUGGGAUUGUUCUGUGCUAAAGGAUAAACUAAAACCCUUCUAUACAGCAGCUUCUCCUACAGGUGAUUUGCUCUUCAAAGAAGAACUAGUAGAGCUGAAAAAAGGGGAAAAAAUCCAUAGAAAGAGUGGCACAGCUCACAAAAGCCCCAGAGUCUCACAGUUAUUACCAUAACUGAAUGUAAAGGCUGGCUUUUGUCUUUCAUGGUUACUACUAUGCAUGCUUUAUUUGCUUAAUUUCAUUUUAAAUCACAAUAAUGCAUGUAAUUACCAAUAGAUCAAUGAUGUUUUGGCUGCUCAAAUGGUCAGCACUGCUCCCCAUGCAACAGACUUCUAGGAGUUCCAUAAACCUUAUGGCUUGGAAUGCCUCUAUAGUAAAAAGCCCAGACUCUCCUCAUAAUAAGUAGACUGUUCUCUAUGAUUUAAUGCUUUACUUCAAUUAUGAAAUAUUUGCAUACUCUCUCUAAAUUGCUAAAUAUGUACAGAUGUGAAAAAUAAGAAGGGAGAAAAAAAUGUUGAAGAGAUAGCUGUGAUUAGUGAAGAUUGCUAAAUAUCAUGAAUGCACAUAAACUAGAUUAAAAUUAGAUUACAAAAUCAGUUCAGAAUGGAGAAAGAGAAGGGGUUCCAAAUAUAUAUACUUGAACUUCACAUUGAAAGUUAGUUCCAGCGGUUUUUCUUAUAAGAGAACAAUGGCAAAUGUAGGAAUCCAAUUUGUAAGAUUUCUUAAGGAAAAGAACCUGGAAGUAAUGAUCUCAUUGUGCUCGGUUGACUGCACUAUUCUAAGUGUAUUUUAAAAAAGAAAAUAAAGGGUAUAUCAAAGACUUUGAUCUUCAGCAAAAGUACUUGGAAAUUGAUCUGAAUCAGUGUUGUUAUUGUAAUUUAUAUACCGCCUUUUAUCCAAAGAUCUCCGGGCAGUGUACAAAACCACUUAGCUUCUGACUCCUGGCUCACUAUUCUUGUUCCUUGUUUCCCACCCAUUUGGCAGGUAGCAGGGAAGCUGCCUUCGUCUAUGCAAUCUCCUCCGCUGGAGUUGUAUACGCCAUCACCAGGGCUUGCAGCCAAGGUGAGCUCAAGGCCUGCAGUUGUGAUCCCCACAAGCGGGGCCGCUCGAAGGACGAAAGAGGGGAGUUUGACUGGGGGGGCUGCAGUGACAACAUCAACUAUGGGAUCAAAUUUGCAAAGGACUUUGUGGAUGCCAAAGAGAAAACAGUGAAGGAUGCCCGGGCCCUGAUGAAUCUGCACAACAACCGCUGUGGCAGAACGGUUAGUAGCAUGAAUUCUUAGCAGCUUGGCAGUGGCUGAUAUGAGUCGUCCUGUAUGGUUCAAUUCAGUUGUGGUUGGUGGGGGGGCCUGAGAAAGGGUGGGGUUGCUUAUCUGCCUUCCUAACCCUGAGCAUUGCUGCCAGUUCCUGACAGCCGGAGGGCAAGCCGAAGGGGAGCUCAGCAUGGUUUGGGUGCAGCGGCAAGAGCAUAAGAUUGGUUCUACCACCUCAGGCACAUGGUGCUGAGCAUCCCACAACUCACCCUCUCAGGAACUGGCAACAAGAUGUAGUGACAGGAAGGCAGGUGAGCAACCCUAUCCUGCUUGUGUCACCCCACUGAUUGUGCCAGCUAAUAAUUUUGAAUACAACCACCCAGAGCCCUUUCUGUGCUACAGAUCUCAGCCCGUGGAAAACGCUGACAUCUCAGAUUUAAUCGUUGGAGAGAGAGACCUGGAUUUUGUUCGUGGGGCUCUAUUUCUUUGGACAAGAACAAGGCCUCAUUCAGCAGGAACUCACUUCCCUUCAUGUAGACCAGGCUUCCUAAUCAAAAUAAGCCAACGGAUGGGAGUCUGUGGCCCUCCAGUUUUUGUGAGACUAGCUGCCAUCAUUCCUGGCCAUUGACUUUCCUGGCUAUUGCUGAUAAGAACUGCAGUCCAAUAACUUUUGGAGGGCCACAGGUGCUCCAUCCCUGGCCUAAGAAGAGUUUAAACCAGGGGUGGUUAACCUGUUGUUGGACUUCUAUCAGUCCCAGCCAGCUGGCAAAAGGUAGGGAAGGGGAAAUCAUCCCAUACUCAGCCACAGAGCCAAGGAGAGAUUUGGUAUUGCGCUGUGUCAAACAUUCUGCCAGUGCAAGCAUUUCAGCUUGCCUGACAAAAUGACCCCCCCUCUCCUCCCCCACUGCGAUGCUGUUCUGGGGGAUUCUACACACACACACACAUACACACACCAACCAAUUUCAGGGGGCAUGCAGAGGAAGGGGAGAAGCCCUGUUGCACAAGUGGCAGUCCUUGCAUUGGCUUCCACUGAUGGCUUUCAUUAGUUAAAUCCCUUCCAUGCCUGCAUAUAAAUACAAUCAAUUUCUGUUCUGUCAAGCUGGCAUUCUUUUUAGCCAGAAAGGCGUGCCUCUGUAGCAUCAUUACAGAAAAUUUGCCUCCAUUCAUGCAGUGAUAGUUAUCCAUUUCAGCACAAGCAUUUUCAAUCAGGUCAUUAAAGGUUCCUUAGAUUUGCUUCCAGUUGGGAUGAAUCUUGGCUCUAAUAGACUAGCCCAAGGAUUUUGACAAAAGAAGAGCUGCAGGUAUUGUUCAUAGGGCUGGCGGGUCUUUUCUAUAACUAGUGAAAAUGCCCUAAAUGGAAACAUAGGAGAGGUAAGGUGUCUGAGGCAGCGAUAACCAACAUAGGAGCAUUAUUAAAGCAGUUUUUGUCCAUAAUGGGAACACGUAGGGUCAUUUAUAGGGUUGAUACUGUCUCUUCUGUUCCAGGCUGUGAAGCGUUUCCUGAAACUCGAAUGCAAAUGCCAUGGCGUCAGCGGCUCCUGCACUUUAAGGACUUGCUGGCUGGCAAUGUCGGACUUCCGCAAAACAGGAGACUACCUCCGGAAGAAAUAUAACGGUGCCAUCCAAGUAACUAUGAACCAGGAUGGCACUGGGUUCACUGUGGCCAAUAAAAACUUCCGCAAACCCACCAAAACGGACCUUGUAUAUUUUGAGAAUUCACCCGAUUACUGUGUGAUGGACAAGUCUGCAGGUAAAUGGCUCCUUUGACCAAACAGCAGGCUUUCUGUGCCCUUACUCGCUAGCUAUCCUUCUCUCAUGGGGACCAGCAAUUUUAUUCUAAUCAUAAAUGCCCAGGACAUCUUCAACAUUGGGGUGAACAACAUGCUCCCCCAUAUUUCAUGACAGCAGGCUAGUUUAGGGAGUGCACAGGGUUAUGGGUGAAUAGCACACACAGCAGAAUGGCAGGCAGGGGUUCAGGAGGACUAUCUGGUGUCUCUUGUCAGUGCCCCCUCCUGGCCCGCGGCAUCUGCCACUUGGGACAGCUGCCUCACUCUUCCUAAUGUUAAUGCUGGCCCUGAUGCAUUUCCUGCCUUGCCCAAGCCAGUUUAUUAUUGUUGUAACACAUUAUUAAGACUGGGCAUAUAUUCAUUCCCAGGAAUAUAGGAAACUGCCUUAUGCUAAGCCAAACCAUUGGAUCUAGCUAGCCCAGUAUUGUCUACAAUGACUGGGAGUGGCUCUCCAGAGUUUCAGACAGGGGGCUUUCCUAGCCCCACCCACAGAUGUCAGGGACUGAAGCAGAGACCUUCUGCAUGCAAUGCAGAUGCUCUAGCACUGAGCUAUAGCCCUUCCCUAUCAGUCAAGGGCGACCUAUACAAGUCAAAGGCAUUUUUCGGAUGCUUUAGGUUGCACUGCUUCAGAUAAGUGCUUGUAGAAUUUGCUGCCAUGUGCACUGUGGAAAGGAACCCAUAACUCAAGCUGACAUAAGCCGAGUGUAUAAGGUUUCCAGAUUUUUGCUCUUCAUCAGCAAACCAAAUGAAAAAUCCAAUGAAAGUAUUCUUCUAUUUUUACAGGUUCGUUAGGGACAGCCGGACGAGUGUGCAACAAGGUCUCGCGUGGGACCGAUGGAUGCGAGGUCAUGUGCUGUGGCCGAGGCUAUGACACCACCCGCGUGCGGCGAGUCACCAAAUGCGAGUGCAAAUUCCACUGGUGCUGCGCUGUCCGCUGCAAGGAGUGCGAGGACACCGUGGACGUUCACACGUGCAAAGCACCCAAGAGGGCAGAGUGGGUGGACCAAACCUGAGACAGUGUGAGCCAGAGGGGGGAAAGCAAAACUGGCACAGUGCCCCAGGGCUUGGGCAUUCUGGGAAUUGUAGUUCAACUGCAUGGCUUUUAUUUAAUUAAUUCUGCAAAGCACUACGGAGAAGACUACAUUUCCCAUGGGGAUAGCGAGCUCUUCUGCUCACCCAGUAGAACUCAUUCCUCUAACUUUAAAAAGGAAUUUUCAAAUGACACAGAACUGUGAAGCUUCCUUUGCCUGGCGAUAUUGUCCAAAGAACAAAUAAAUAAAAAGAGGGAACAAUGCAGCUGCGUAGGAGCACAAGAGACUGAGGAGCAGGUUACAAUUAGCUGGAGAACCUUGCCUCUCUCCGGGGAAUGUUCAGCAGUAUAUUAUAAAAUGUUGCCUAACCUGCAGAAAUCCCUCCAUCUACCCUGGAGGAAAGUACUCUAUUUCCCAAAAAAAGGUGGCUGUAUAGUCCUAAGGAACUACAUGUUCUGCUAUGGAUCUCCGCUCAUACAGAGGCCACCAUGCCUGCACUAUGGACAUUAGCUGAACAACAGCAACAUUGUGUAAAGGGACUUCGUUACCUUUUCCUUUCUAAUGGAAAGCAAACUGUGGAGUUACAAAGUUGGCAGCCGAAAGAAAAACCAGUAUCUACAUGCAGAGGGAAAAAAGUAUGAAAGUUGAGAGUACAUGUGUAUGUCUGGAUGCGCUGGUAGGUUCUAAAGGAAACUAAUAUAAAGGUGACUUUUUGGUACAAAUGCACUUGUACAUCAUGUAGACUGCUUUAAAUACUUUAAAUCAAAAUCCCAUAUAAACCUGUAUCAGAAAAUGGUGUUCUUUGCUUUGUGGCUUUCUACAAUCGUGGCUAGCAAGGUGAGUAAUGGGCAGGUUCUUGCCCUAUGUUAUUGCUGCACUCCACAACUGUGGCACUUCUAGACUAUAAGGUCAAAGCAAAGUUCUUGAGGCUAAAGGCAGCAUAACAGUGCUAUCAGAUCACCAAGCUAACACUUCUCUUUUGUCUCUGCAUCUCUGAAAACUUUCAUCACCACCACACCCCCCCCCCCAAUCCUUGCAUAUUUCUCUUUUCUGUCAGUCUACAUUCCCUGGCCACACUGUUGAAUGUUUAUCUUCUACCAUAGCAUCAUGUGCAACUGUUGGAGAUGCUUCAGUUUGGGCCUCUGCUGAGAUUACAAAAAGGCAGCCAUUGUUGUAUCCGUUUUCCACUCCUUCCAGGGUGGGACAGGCAAACACAAAUCUCUUAUGUUGUGAUUCUUGCCUUGUGGGGGUUGGACCAGAUGACCCUUUGGGUCCCUUCCAAGGAGUACUUGGGUCAUGGUCUCAUGAAGUCACAUGCAGCUCCUAAGCCAUAGCCUUGAUCACCUGAAAUCUAGUGCAGGGUUUGACCCCCAUCUUGUGAAUCAAGUCAUUAAGCCAAGCUCUGUAAAUGAAUCCUUUAGGAUGCAGAGUCACUGUUUGGCCUCUUGCACCAGUAGAGACCUGCAAGUAUUAAAAGGGUCCUAUAAGGAUCAUUUUCAAAACCACGAUUAUAAAAGCUGUUUGGCAAUACAAACCCAAGUGUCAGUCUUUUGUGCGACAUCAUUUCACAGUUUCACGGUGACUGUCUCUGGAACAUAACUCCUUAGGAUGAAGCCAGGACUGUUAAGCUUGUUUAGGUUCAGUGUUGUUAUAGCUUUUGCGAGCUCAGCAGAAGCCAAUGAAUCAGUCUAAAGCCACAUGGCACACCCACGCCACAGGGGAUGAACCAGUUUUGUUGAAUAAAUGCAAAUACCCAACUAUGGGAGCUUCGCAUCUGCAAUCAGCAUAUUGGCCUCACUGUUAUGCAAUAGCUGCAUUGCACGUGUCUGCCCAGACAGGCCACAGCAGUGUCGGAACCAUAUUAACUUCCUGAACCAGUACACAUCUCCUUAAGCACAGAUCUUACCUUGUUUGGUGGGACUUACUCCCAAGUAAAUGUGCAGAAGUUUGCAGCUUGGGCAACUUAACUUAAACAAGCAAACAAACCAACAAAACCCCUGUUAAUAACCUCUACAGAACUUUUGAAGGUACAAAGUGCCUGAUAAUCCUACACAGUCCAUGUCCAAACCAAAUAUUUCACCUAAUGCAUAUUACCUUUUAGGAAGUCUCAGGUUCAAUGUCCAGCAUAUCUAGAUAGAGUUAGGAAAGACCCAAGCUGAAUCUCUGGAAAGCCAUGGGCCAGUCAUUGGGAGUUGACAUUUCUGAGCUAGGCAGAUCAAUAAUUUGACUCGGCAUAUGUCAGCUUCCUGUGUACCAGCUCCCUUUCUCUCUCUGAUGCAGGAUCAGGGAUGGAGACCAUGGCAACUGGACCUGCAGAUUUCAAACAACAUAGUAGCCUUUUCCUAGGCACAAAGACCAAAGAUGUGUUGAGAGAAUCUUAAUGUAUGGCUGGGAAACGUUUGUGGGGGGUUUUAACCCAAGGGCCACAUUCCCUUCUGGGAAACCUUCUGACGGCCAUAUGCCAGCAAUUGGCAGGACCAGAGGCAAAAGUGGGUGGAGCAAUGAACAUGAAUAUCACUUUUGUAUGGUAGACUAGUUUCUACACAUGUCCACACACCCAUCUCUGUCUUCUAUCCAUGCAAGCAAGAAACAUUAUUAGAGUUUAUGGAGAUUUUUCCAGUCUACAAAAAUGCUCAAGGAGCAUACAGGGCUGGAAAGGAGGUGUGGCUGUCGAGAGUCCUACAGAGACCUGGAGGUUCUCCAUUCCAGUCUUAAUGGAAAAUAUCAGCAUUGCUAGCUUAGACAGUGGUGUACCUAACAAUUUUAUUGGGGGUCAGCAGCAAGAUCCUAUUUCAUUCCUGGCUUUUUACAAAUUCAAAAGGUGUUUUCCAACGUUCAGAUAUAUGUUCCAAUAUAUAUGAUGCAGAAUUGACAUUGCAGAAAAUUGCUAGCCUGCACCUUUCAGGGUGCUGUUGCUGCAGAACGUCUAAGUUCUCAUUGCUCAAAUAGGAGAGAGAGAGAAAAAAGAUUUGAUAAGCUCUUGCCAACUAAUAGUGACUGAAUUGCAACGCUACAUAAAGCAGUCUUCCUAAAUUGCCUUCACACCUUUAAGGAAGUAUUUUAAUGGUUAAGCAAAACUGGAUCAUCAUUAGAUCAUCCCUUAUCAAACGUUAUGCUGAAAGUCUCCCAAGGCUAUUCUGUGCCUGAAAGGGGUAUGUUCAUAAGAAUAGAAUAAGUCCAAGAAAUGUUGAGAACAAAUGACACCUAGCUUUCCCAUUGUCUGGUUGGGGAGAGAACACAAACCUGGGAACAUGGUCCUCUGCUGCCAUGGCAACAAGCAGCUCACCUUUGAAACUUCCCCACCUUCACAAGAAGGUCACAUCUCCUAUUCUUUCUGGUGUGGCAUUGACACAGUUUGCUGCUGGCCUACAGAAGCUUUGAUGAGAGCUAUACACUCAGUACCAGGCAAUAUGAACAGCAGGGAGCUCAACUUAAGGAAAGAAAGAGGAAGAACAUUAUGAAAGCAUGGGCAAUGUCAAAUGUUGCAUUACAAAUCCAAACGUUUUCCUCAUUUGUUUCAACAAAAUAAGCAAUAUAUACCUUUUAAAAAUCCCCUCACCGUUUUCACCAUUGUUUUAAUUGGAUUCUAUUAUUUGCAUUCCAAUUUGACACUUCAAAGACUUCUAAAACCCUUGCUUCACCCGGCCAGUUUUCCUUCUCAUUGGCCUGCUUACCAAUAGACAUACACAUACAUUUUCUCAGUAUUCCUUACUCCAGCUCUACAAGGUAGGUCAGUAUUAUCAUCUCUAUAGCACAGCUGAAGGACUAAGGCUAGAACACAGUAGCUUGCUUAAGACCACUUAGUGCAGGCAUGGCCAAACCUGGCCCUCCAGCUGUUUUGGGACUACAGUUCCCAUCAUCCCUGACCACUGGUCCUGUUAGCUAGGGAUGAUGGGAGUUGUAGUCCCAAAACAGCUGGAGGGCCAAGUUUGGCCAUGCCUGACUUAGGGCAAUGGUGAGGAACCUUUGGCCUUCCAGAUGUUGCUGCACUACAUUUCCCAUCAUCCCUGAAAGUCGGCCACGCUGGCUGGAGCUUAUGGGAGUUAGACUUCAAUAACAUCUAGAUGGCCACAGGUUUCCCACCACUGACCCAACAAGUUCAAGGCAGUGGUAAGAUUCAAAGCAUUAGCUUCUUGUUUCACAGUCUUUAAAAAUGUCUUUUUAUUAUAAAGAAAAAUAAUACAAAGUAUGCUUUCCAUUGCAAUUGCAGGCUAUGUUUCCAUUGCAAUUACAUUUUUUUAAAAAAUCAAAAUAAGCUUGAAUUGGUAUUACAAAACUGAAAAGCAGUUAUAAAUAUUUAUGUCAAUGUUAUAUUUAAGCAGAGAAAUUAAUAAAUUGGCGCCACAAUAAACUUUC